AAACAGGUAUAGGACAUGGGAUUGGAUGAACAACUGUCAAUGAUGCAUUAAGUGGACAAGCCCAAUGAAAACGUUGACUGAAAAAUGGUGAGUUUGUGACAUUUUCAUAAUCUACCCUUCCAUUGUACCUCUACUGUUGCAGUAUCAGUAUCCAAAAUGAUAACAAAGUAAGAAAGAAAAUAAAUAAAUCUUUUAGUGUGAAAUAUCCACGCAGCCCUGGAGGCCAAAUGCAAGUCAUGUGCCAACACUCUUCUUCUUUUAAUCAGUUUCGCUACAGAUGACAGAGAAAGACAAAUUUUGAUGGGGGUGUUGCUCAUCAGCAUUGAUUUUUGACAUGGGAAGCAGGAUUAAAAAAUAGUUUAAUCUCACUUCCAAGUUAAAAUAUAAAUAUUGUCAAGCUUGAAAUAUAUCUUUAGUUAAUGUAUUUUUAAAACAUGCCAUCUUGAAGAUAGCUUCAUCUUAGAAUAACAUCAGCACUUAACUUAAAUCUGAUCAAUCUUUGUGAAACUGGUCCCUACAGUCCCAACACACCAUUAGGGAGCAGUGUUGCAUUACAAAUCUUACUUGGUCCCCAGUCCCUGUAGUUUGCCGUAACAGGAGAUGGCAGUGAGGCAUCAUUGAUGCAGUUCUCUGCAGGUGCCCUGGCAUGUUUUCAAGAUGAUGGAUGUUUUACAUUAGUGUGUGUUGACAGCAGCUUGUGCUUGUGUCUCACUAAAUGUCAGCAAGUAUCAUAUUCAAAACUCUGGCAAGAUAGCCGCAGAGUGUGACUCUGCAUUUAACAACUUACAUACUGUGUAACUGACCUUCAUAUACUGUGCACUGUAUCACUGUAGUGUCCCCGUCUUUACUUACAACUUCUACUGGAAGGAUACUUUCUCAUUAACACAGCACCCUUUAAUGCUAUCUGAUAACAAGCAUUGAGACAUAUUAGAGUGACAUUAUCAGCCUUUGUGUCAGUCUUUCUGUUUUUCAACCAGUUAAACAACUUUUCAAAGUGCCUUUACACAACUUUUUAAGUUUUCCUUCUAUCUGCUGAUUUCCAAAGGGUGGGGCCAUCAGACUCUUCUGUUGGGGUUUGGUGGCUAAUUUUGUGUAAUCUUCCAGGAUUUCCUACCUGCUAAGCUACAUUGGAAACACUUUUAUAUACUGCUACUUUAAAAAAAAUCUUUCAUACUUUUCCUCUCUGCAUGUGUGAGUCAGUGAACAUGUAUCUGUGCUAAUGUCCUUGAUGUCAUCAUGAUUGUUACGUCUUCCUCACAUCAUGGUGAUGUGUGCGCAUGUGAAAAUUGUUUAAAGUUGAACCAGAGCUUCCAAAGCAUCCAAACCUACAUGGAUGAGUUGACCCAGAGUUAAACAUUAUUACAGAUUUGGUUUAGGUAGUGCUUUGAGGCUUCCUUUUGAAUGCUGAGGUGGUCAGUUUUCAUGGUAUUUCCAUCUGCAGAAGUUGGGGUGGUGCAUGUUGACAGUUUCUGACCUUAAAAUCAGUUUCCAGACUAUUAACAGUAUUUUACCGUAUUCCAAUGUAUCCUAUCACAUGAUAUUUUAUCAUGUUUAUUGUAGUGCCAUAUCGUAUCGCAUUAUGUGCUGUCAGAUUGUGUUGUAUUAUACAGCAUUGUGCCAUACUCUGUUGCCUAGUAUUGCAUUGCAUCACAUACUAUACAGUAUUCAUCGUACAAUUCUGUAUCAUAGUUUUAUAUUGUACAUUAAAAUAUGGUAAUGCAUCAUACAGCAUCACAUCGUACUCCAUUUGACAGUUCAGUACAAUAUUGUAUUGUAACAUAUUCUUUUUAGUUGUAUUGCACUGCUGCAUGAUAAUGACUAAACUAAUAUUGCUAUUUUUUCCUUUCUGUGAUAUAUAUUACAUCAGGAAAAAUAAAAGAAUUUAUACAAGAUUAAUGUAACGUACUUUAAUUGCUUAUAAUCAAUAAAGGCACUCUACUCUUUUUAAUUUGGACACUCAGUCCAGCUCCCUGACAGCAGCUCUGAGACCUUCAUGUAGAAGCAGAGAGACAACAAGAGUAGUGAAAACAAGUGGAGCAACACGUUAAUUCAUUGAUUUUGCCGGUUUAAGCUCCCAACAAACUUAAACAUGAUCAGUAAUUUUCGUGUUAGAAGGUUUUAUCUGCAUCACAAGCCUGGCAAUGGUAACUAAAAUGAACAAAAAACAAACAGUGUUCUUCGACAUCUGGUUCUCACAUCACUACAGUAUGAGUGCACUGCAGGUGUAGACACCAGAAGUAAACAAUCUGUGCUUCUAGAAAAGUUAAGCUGUAUGUGCUUCUUUAACAUUAAUGAGAGCUGAGACGACCCUGUCUUGAAAUCCAUUUCUCAGGGUUUGUAUGUUUACAUUUUACAGUCAUGUGACACAGAUGCAGACACAGCCUGCACACCAGUCAGUUUCUCUGUUUUAAUGAUCUAACUUUCACAUAUGGCUGAUAGUGCAUGUCAUGGGAAGUAGCUGUUGUGCAUGCUCACACCAUAAUUGCUGUGUUGAAAUGAUAUGUUGCUCUGCCCUACAUUUUUUAGUAUCCUAUACAUUUGUUUUUUGUCUUUCUGACCAUUUAAUUAUUUUUGCAUUGGUAUCAUGCACUUGUAUUUGGUUUUCUUUGCAGAGUUGUAGCUUCCUUGAAAGCACUGGUUCUGCAUACACUUAAUUUAUUUUUCAAGGGCACUGCAGAGGGAAACAGUUUCUGUUAGGUAUAUAGGUGAUGGUGUGACUUAGAUGGAAUAAAAAGCAGGAGAGUGUUAAUGAACCAAGGUCCUAUUAUUUGCUCCUGUUCUGCCUUUUCCUCCAUGGGCUGUGGUUGGGUAUAGAUAAGGCUCACAGCCUGGGGGUCUGGAAUCAAUAAUGGAUGUAAUUGGUGAGGUGGAAGUGAGGAUAAUUGAAGGUAAUUGUGUGGACCGUCGCAAGCCUGGGAGAGAGGUCAGGAAGACAAGGAAAAGGAGCAGAAGUUUGCAAGGAUAUGGACAAAAUUAUUCUCCAGUCUUCCUGCAGCUCCUGAGUUUGAUUUAGUAUCUCUAUGGUUGCAAACUCUUUUGUUGACAUACUGUACAUUUUUACAAAGGCCUAACCAUCCAAGCAAAGAUUCAAGAUUUGUUAACAUUAAUCACAAACUGAAAGUCAAAGUGAUCUUUCUUUUUGCACUAUUUCACUUAGAUUUUUUGAGUGUUGUAUAGGGUUACUUUAAAUAAUGUAAAUAGUUUUAGCAGAUCUUUUGCCCUUUCUGCCCCUUUAUUACAAAGUUGCAUGGACCAGCUGGAUAGGUGCAUAUUUGUAGAUGUUUUUUGGCAUGGUUUCUGAAUUUUAAGGUCAAGUUUUUAAAAAAGAGUUACAGAUUUCUAAUUUUUUGAAAGUAAAGGUGUUGCUUUUGCCUUUUUUAAUCUUAAAACUGAUUUAUAAUUUGGUAACCCUUGUGCAUUAACUCUCAGCUUCUAAAUUUACUUUCACUCUGAUGCCGCUGUUGAUUUUUUUCUUACCUUUUUUUUUAACAGUUUUGCUGGAAAGAAAAGGGAUAUGGCAGAUCAGUUUAAUCACUCUGAUUAUCUAUCUCUGUGUAUACAUUCUUGGCUACAGCUAAAUUAUUAUGCUGCCGGCUUAAAAGGAGUUAUAUCAGAGCAAUUGCUUGCUCACGGGCGCAGCAUAUAUCUGGGAACGUGCAGUUUAACGCAUCUGCUUGUUUGUCCUAUUCAUUUUAACUAGAUAUGAUCAGAACAGGCAACUGUGAAACUCCACAGCCACUAGGGUGCAAGUGCAGCUCGGAGUCAAAGCUUAGCUGUUAACACAAGCUGGCAUACUCAGCGUUCCUUUGGUGAUAUCUGCCUGCCUUGGAUCAAUGAUGAGUGUGCAUUUCAAAGAAUACUGAUUGGGUCAAUUUACUUGAUACUCAAGGAUAUGUCGUUCUCCACGGUUGAUGAACUUUGAAAGAGUCCACAUGCUUGACUGAACUGCUGAAAUUUGCUGCAUGGGCUGCAGGGGGCACUGCAACACCACACAUUUAACCUAAAUCACACUGCCGUGGAAACUUUUUUGCUGCUCUGCAGAGUCAUGCCCGCUGAAUGAUAUGACACAUUCAUUCAUAUUUCACUCAGAGAACAUUCAGAGAUUACUUCCAUCCAGUAGCUCGGCGCAAAAUUAAUCCAGUAUCUGUGCUAUGUUAUCUUUUUGUGGAUAUUAUCACAUACCAGGGUGUUUUUGCAGCUGGAUUUACCAAAGGUUGUAGAAAGCAAAUGUAUUUUUGUGUUGCUUUAAACUGAAUGAGGGGACUUAUCUGGUGCAGAACUGAAGCCAGGAACCUUGUGAAAGCAAUAGCACCAACAGCAUUUUUGACUUAACGGUGCUCAGUGUGGACUUAGACUUUAAUUGCUUUCCUUGAUUAAUGAUCCAAGCACUUUCUGCAUUUUCAGAGCCCACUCACAACCUUUUCUAUAGGACCAAAUAGAAGUUUGAAAGUAUGGUAUCUUUCCAGUCAUUUUAAGAAGUGAAUGUCAUAUGCAUACCAGCCACGCUGCACCACCAUCUGUUUACCUGUGAGACGUUCCUUUAUCAAAGUACUGCAGAGUUGCAAAAAAUCCCAGCAUGCUGCACAAAAUAUGCAAUGAUUAGAUGUUUUUUUUGUAGUCACCAUAGGGGCUUUUGUUAGUGUAGACUAUUUAUCGAUCAUUUAAACUGUGCAGUAGCAGUCCUCAAUCACUAAUAUUGGUUGCAAAGCUGUCCUCCUUAUGUGGGUUUCUCUUUUGUAGCAAACACAGAGCAUGUCAACAUUUCUAAGAGAACACAAGGACUCUAAUAAGCCCAAUAAUCGAUUGAAAGUUCUCCUUUUCCUCCCCUGUAACUAACAUCCAGCUGGGAGUCAAUAUGAAUAGUCAGAGAACAUCCAGAGUAUCUCAUACAUGCAAACCAGCUUCUUUGUACUGACUGCAUAUUUUGGCUCUUGUUCUUUUCUACCUGCUGCAAGACAUCUUUCUUCAUUUUUCAGUCCAACCAUCUGCUCUCCCUCUAUCAUUUCUCGUAAGGAGUUAUUUUUCCUUCCUCUGUCAGCUUCAUUUUGUCAAAGCAGGAUGAACACAAUGGUUCAAAACAAGAAAUACAAGAUUGUGGAGAGGAGCGAGUGUGCCGCUGUAUGAGUUGGGAAGAGUAGUGUUUUCAUUAGAGAUAAUCAAGUGAAGGCUUUGGCUUUCUUCUCCUACCACAGCGUGUUGUCAAUAGAAACAGGGGUGCAGAGAGGAUGAUAAGAAAGGGCAAAGAAAGAGAUGAGGGAGAGAAACAAGCAGGUGUGGUACAGGGGAAGCAGAGUGGAGGAACUUUUAGUGAGCUGUCUCUCCUUGAACUAUCUCUUCCCUCUUCCCCCAUGCGUUCUCAUGUCUAAUUGGAAAUGAAGAGCAGGUAAUGAACCCAUUUAUGGACUCAUUACGGCAAAAUUCAGCCUUAGUGCAAGUUAUUGUGGACAUCCACGACAAGAACUGUGGAGAGGCAAGAGAAGAAAAGGAGAGAAGUAAGCGAAGGCUUCAGUGGUUCUCUGAGGGGGAAAUAUCAGCGUUGCAAAUUUGCAUACUCUGAUGUGGAAAGUUACAGUUUAUCUCAGGUGUACUUUGAAGUCUCUUCACACAUGCUGAUUGUUGUGACGAAGAUAAUUGGGCCCCUGUUGCGUCGUGUUGUUCCAUGAGUGCUUGUUGUAACACCUGCUGAACAGGAGAGUGUGGCCUAAAACCGAGCUGCUGUACAACUUUGUAUUUUGACUGCAGAACUAAAUAGUGUGUGGGGAACAGGAAGUUACACAGUCAGAUAAUAGUGCUGUCAUGAUUAAUGUUUUUGCAGCAUUAUUAUAGUUGGAACUUCAUAAGCUGUAGAUGCAUGUAGUUAGCAUGAACAUUUGCUGAAAUAAAAGGACUUGUUUUUGUCCUUAUCCAUACUCCGGAUAAUUAUUGUCCUAACUCUAUCUGUGUAGCCUCGCAUCAAUCUGCAUAAUCACAACCCAGCCAAGCAGUUGGACUUUUUACUCACUGCAGGGGUCUGGUGAGCUUAGUUGAGAUUCCAUUUACGGCAUAGUACUCAGCAUGAAAUUCUUUUAGCAACAAACUGUGCGCUAACACCGUGACCUUAAUUCUUGUGAAGCUGUUAUAAAAACAUGCUAAUAGAUUCACCUGUUUGAAAUGAAACAACACACAAUUUAAUACUUGGAGAGCCACAUAUUUUUGACUCCCUCUGUCAUACUUAAUGGAGCAAUAUUUUGUUUUUGACUUAAUGAGCCUCAUAAAGUAUUACCUCUGUGUGUUUUGGAUGCUUUUAUCCUCUUUAAAUUCAGCUGGGGGACUUAAUUCUGGAUGCUUUAAAUGUGGAAGUUAGAGUCUCCAUAAACAUGUCAACCCUUACUCUGAAAGACUUGGCAUAUUGAGUGAAGUGUUGAUAAAAACAGAGUUUUAAGAUUGCAAAUUAUUUAAACCUGAGAUGAAAAAUAGUGCAGUGCAUAUCAAAUGAAGGGAUUUUUCAAUAUUUAUCAAAAAUGAAUGUUGUUUUUAAGAGUAAUUCGAGCAACACAUUUCAAAAAAUUGUCAGAUCACCACUCAGUUUCUAGAGUCUUGAAAGUGAAAAGUUAUUGCACUGUGAAACUUUAGUUGCUCGACAGUUCAGGGACUCCUUUGUCAUUUUGUUUUCAACGAGUGAUGAGUUUGGACUGCAGGCAGGCCAGAUGAGCAUCUUGACCCUUGAAUAUGGAGCCAUGUUGUUGUAACGUGCAGGAUGCGGUAUAAUAUCAUCUUGCUGCAUAUGCAGGUAUUUCAAGAGAAAGGCUAUUCUCAUUUCAUUAUUAAUUAUGCCUUUGAUAUGUAAUAUUUGAUGUUAUUUUUGCACCACUUUUAAUUGAAUAAAGAUUUUAAAUCACUUCCAAACUAUUCUGAUCAUUUUUACUGAGACUUUCCAGCCUUUUCAGAAUUAGUGUUGAGCGGCUAUCUUUGCUCCCUAAAUGUGUCACAUAACCGAUCAAGGUUUUACUAGAAAACUAUUUUUGCCCACCAAAAUGUGUAUUUGCAGUAUCUCCCAAGCCAUUUUUCCUUUGUACACUCUGCUUCAAACCACAGCCAAUGCCAUUAUCUCAGCCAAGAUUCCCUGAUGCGGAUCCAUUUGAAGCUGCAGAAAAAAGAGCUGACGAGGGGUGAAAAGUAACUCUGUUUUUAAAGGCCAGCCACUUUCACUGUGUGUGUCUAUGUGUAUGAAGUGUGCUUGUGCUGUCCUUUCUCUAAUUGACCAGCUGUGGCUACGUGUCCGGACUCCUUAACACCAGCAUUGAUCUCAAGCUGUUUCAAAACAGGCCUUAUUGCUUUGCUUGUACUCUCUGUCCCAGCCGUGCGUGACACCCCUGAAGAGGAGAUGAGGAAAUAUCGGGGAUUGUGAUUGGAGACUGAUGAAGAAUAGAAGGAGUGUAUCGUCGUGAGGAGAGAGAAAGAAAGAGGGAGAGAUGGAUUAAAGGCAGCUGAAAGUUACAGGGUAUAGAUGAUCGAGGAGUCCCACAUGGAGGUGUUGUGUCCCCUCACGAAUCCUAAUUCUUUCAGAUAUGCUGUAUAUAAUGUGUUAAUCGGAAAUUGUUCUUGAAUUCAGCUUUAAAAGCCUGAUACAGUAUGCUUGAAUCAAUAAUCAAUACCAGCACAAAUUAAAUGCUGUAGAUUUCUGAUGAUAGAAGCAGAAAGCGGGAAAUGUCCGCUAGCUUGCAGAAAUUGAUUUGUAAAUGGUCCAGCAGCUCUUGAAUGUCAAAUAAAGUGACAAGUAGAGUACAUUAAUAUGGCCAUACAUACUCAUACAUCAAUGUAUGAAACAACUGGCACAACACAAAAUAUAUUAACUUAGUCAAAGCACAUUUGUGGCACAGGGCUCUAAGCAUGUCAGAAAUAUGGGCAAGAUAAUGUUCUGGUAUUACUCCGUACCUGGACAUGAACCUUUUUGUUCGUCAGCCCUCCUGCUGUUCCAUCUUGUUUUGUGGCAUAUAAAAGCUAAGAACCUGAAAAACAAAUAACUUUGUAAUUGCCUUUGCUGUGGGUUGAGGUCACAGCGUGAGGUACUUUCAGACUUGGCUGGUGUUGAAUGCAAGCUUAAGCACAUUUUCACAGGGAGAAACUUGGGGAAAGUGUACAUCGCACUCCUCUGAGUUUCUCUUGGUUUCUAAAAUUAUAUGAACUUUAACCUGUCCACCCCCAGGACUCUUCCUUGGGGUCGCGGGCCAGGGUCAAGGCCAUUAAACCUGGCUUAAUAAGCUGCUGAGUCCCCCCUCUGCCCACCCCUCACUGGUCCAUGGGAGGUCUGAAGUGUCAGCAAAGUCAGAGUCUGGUCAUGUCAGCAACCUGCAGAGAUGGUCCUGCUCCUUUCUCUCCACUAUUAAUGACAUGUUUCAGGACAUGCUGAUACUAGUUAUAUGGCUGUAUCCCAGAAAGAAAACUUUUUAAAGUAUAUUGUUAACUUGGCAAGCAGACAGUUUUCCUAAAAGUUUUACUACCAGUGAACCAGAGCACUGACUGCCAGUAAUUCAUAUAUUCAUGCAUACAGUCCAUAUGGUCUCUACUUACAGAAUCUCUUCAUUAAGGAUGUACAGUUUGUACCUACAAGAAUGGACUUUGGUGUGAAAAACAUCCUGGUUUCUGCUUGGUGUGUAUUGGUAGUCUGAUUGAUCAAUCAUUUAUGAGCAGACUUUGAUGUGUGCAUGAAUAACAUUUAGACUUGUCCACGUGUGCUGACUAUUUAUCCCUUUUUGCUCACAUCUGCAUGUAGGUUUAGCUAAUAAUGGGUGAAGGUGAAGAAAGGAUUUGUAAAUGGUCUGGAGGCAGAUUCAUGAACCUGGUACUGAUGUCCUUCUCAAUUUGAUAAAGUUUUAGCCUAUAUUAUCCUCUCAUAUCAUUCUGUACAUACUUGUUUAAUAUCUUAAGCUCAAAAUCCUGGGCCUCCUGAAAUGCAACAGAAAUAAUCAUCCACCUGACCUCCACACAGCAAAAGAAGCAUUUUCACAGUUGUGUUCCUCUUUCCUUUGAGGGCCUGAAAAGUUUAUAUUUUUACUUUGUACAAGUCUGCAUCAUAAUGCCGUCAUAUCAGAGAAGCUUUUGUGUAACUUAUGACUUACAGAAAAACUGAGACUUUCCAGAAACAAAUUUGCAGGCAAAUCUGUUAGGUUGAAUUUAGCUGUUAACAUAUAGUCACUUAUUAUGUUGAUUGUCUAUAAACUAUUGAGCACAUGGAAAAAGAGUCCUUAUCUAUGCUAUGAAUUUCCAUGUUUGUCUUAUGGUUUCCUGACCCCCACGAUGGCUUAUAGUUUUAUCUGCUGGAACUGUACCCACCUGCAUUCAUGGACAUUUUUUUGUGUGGUUUGAACUCAUUUUCCUUUAGAUUUAUGCUUCGUAUCUGCCUACAUUUCAUUAUUCACUGUAAUGUUACUGUCACCUCUGUUCCGAAAGCACUAAAUCAAAAUUAGCAUUGCAAAUGAUAAAAAAAAAAUAAUUCCUCCUACAUGAUCUCCUUCCUACAUAUUUAGCACUCGAGUUUGUUCUACAGUGUCUUACUCCUGCCAGUCGUUGCAUUUUUAAUGUGGACUUAUUUUCAACUGAAUAAUUUAGUGCACGGUCAGCAGCAGGGGUGAUCCAGAAUCUAUCUGAUGGGCAGAGAGAGCACAGGGGGUAGAUCGAGCUCAGGAAGUUUGAAUGGGCAUGAAAAUGCAUAGGGAAGCACUAUGAGUACUGAGGGUCAACUCUGUACUGAGCAAAUUAAAGUCUAUCUGCGUGAGCUGCUGCUGUAUUAUAAUUAAAAAGGCCAGUGUGUCUUUUACAAUAAUGUUUUUUUUUUCCAGUCAGCUCUGAAUUUGUGUGUCAGGACUGACAUCCUAGUAGAAAAAAAGUUGAGUUGAGUUGAAUUUUCUACUCCGAGAUCCAUGUAACUGAAAAAGAGAUACUACAUGGGUUGAACAAAACUACACUCAGUACAUUUACAUGCACAGUUAAGUGGAGCUACGUUAAUCGCUCAAUUAGCCAAUUUAAUUGUCCCCAUUUACAAGCUCCAGGCAAGAAUUGAUUUAUUGACAAAAGUAAAUCUGCGUCCACCAUGGUAGGUGGCAAUAUUACUGUGUUCCAGUUACCCCGGAAAUCAGAUGUCGGAGCUGGUAAUGACAUCACACCUGAGUUGACGGCGUUCCAGUUAACAAGUCAGAAAACCAAGAUGGACGCCUACAUUUACCCGUUGUUAGCUGUUGUUUACAAUUGUCAGCUGUCAUUAGCCAUUGUCAGUUGUUGUUAGCAGUUGUCAGUUGUUAGCGGUUGUCAGCUGUUGUUAGCUGUUGUCAGCUGUUGUUGGUUUUUGUUAGCAUACCAGUUGUAAACAAAGCACAACACUGUAUUUUACUCUCACAAACACCAUAGCACCAUGUUCACAGUCAGACAUUGGGCAGUACAACAUAUACCACUUAUUUAAUUUCACAAGAACAAAACAGAAGUGCUAAUUAGUAAUACAUUACGAGAGCUUUUACUGUCACUCUUUACUGUUGAUGCACUGCGCUGCCAUCUUGAAUUAUAACGUUGUCGUCAAGUCGGGGUUGGUGAGGAUUGUCAGAUUUUCCGAGUUGAAAAUCCAACUUCAGGGGAGUGUUCCAGAUGAAUUUCUGACUUGGAGCUCGGAAAUCCCGACCUCAGAGUACAACUGGAACGCAGCCCCUUUUCAGUUCCUUUCCACUAGGCUGCCUCCCUGUUGACCUUCUACCUCAUGUACCAAAACAAUCAACAAACAUGUUAGCAGGAGGAUAAUCAUUUGUUUGUCUAACGAUGACAACACCAACAACUUUACAGCUCUGUGUGUUUUGUAGUUACAGUACAUCAGCUGUGUCUUUUCUUAAUUCCCUUCUUGUUCAGGUUUUGUUUACUACUUUGUUUCCUAGCAACAGAUUUGCCUGAUGCGCAAACUAUGAGCCUUGAAACUAACCCAAACACAGGCACUAAAACUGAAUCUGGAGAAAUAACCAGUCGAUAUACUGACAAUCUCGUCUCACUGUGUAGCUCAUGAGGAGGCAUCAGUACAAGAGUGAGACUACUAAAAAAACAGAUAAACUACUCGCCUUUAAAGGUAAACACAGCGACUAUAUUAUCUCAGAGGUUGAUACAGGUCUGCCCUGAUACUACACUCUAUUCAGUGUGUGCAUUAUGUAGUUAUAGAGCAGGCAUUGAAUUGGCAGCUGCUAUAUACAAAUGGCGUGGGCAGGUUUAUUUUCUCUAACCCCGCCUCCUCCCAGCACACAGGCGGGACUGCAUUCAUUUGUUUUAUUUCGUUGGAGCAUUAUGUAAAUAUGUACAUUGACAGUCUCUGGAGGGAGAGUGCGCCCAUGAGGCUGAAUGGAGCAUCCAAAGAGGGCAAUUUAACAGUCAGCCAUGAAUGCCUGGUAACAUAUGUCAGGUUGUCACGCACGCACACACACACACACACACACACACACACACACACACACACACACACACACACACACACACACACACACACACACACACACACACACUCACAAGUGGACAUCAACAUCAUCAUACAGGAGAGCGAGCAGACCCAUCUGUGCCAGGGGGAGACCCGGGCAUCCUGGGGGGCGCCGUCUCUUUCAUUUACAAUGACCGGGUGCUGAGUGUGAAUGCUGCGCUCAUGAAUGUCCUGUUAUUAAUGAGACCUCAUUCGGCGCAAGCAGACACCCAGGGCUGCUGCUUAGAGGCGUGCCCUCAGCCGACGUGAGUAACAAAAGGCAGAGUGGGAUCAUUAGGCCCCCGGACGCCGGAGGGGUCCGCCACUUUAAUCAUGUUUGUGUAAUGAAUGCAGCUGCUGUGAAUCACUGCCUAUUCAUAAUGUCUGCACAAUGUAGUCAUAAUGUGGUAUUAAUGUUGCCCUGCCAGAGGUGCUGCGUGUAUGUGUGUGUGUAUCUGUGUGUGUAAUCGAGGAAAUUGAGAGGGUGUCUAUUUUUAUUACUCAUGGACACUGGCCCUUGUGUUGGUUUGAUAGUCUGACAAUGUUAUGACAAGGCCUAAGGUCAUUUAAGAUGGAUCAUCACUCUUGGAUUGCCUUAAUCUGCAUGAGAAGAGAUGACGAUUUACAAAAGUCCUAAGCAUCUGUGAUAGUGAGAUGUGAGAAUAGUUUAAAAAUGUUAAACCAUUAUAACUGUUAAAAAAAAGAGUUUUUCUGUAAGCUCAGGCUUUGAAAUAUAAAAAGACAUAUGGCUUUAUACUGCAUAGGAAAACGACCGGUUCCAGCCAUAACUCUUUACACUAGGAUCCUUCUUCAUUGUCUUUUAAGUGACUUUCAAAUUCCCUAUCCCUGGAGUGAUUUUUUAUUCCACACAUAAUGUUUAAGUCCCCAUGCAUUCUGCUGAGAGUGCGUGUUUGAAUAAUCCCACCACAUGAAAGAGUGCUGAAUUGAAGCGGACUCUCAAACCCAUCACUUGUGAGUUGUUUUUGCAAAGAUAAACAAAAAUUCUUGUCCCUCAGAUCACUACCUUUUUCCUUCUUUAUGCUCCUGGCCAUCCACUGGGAGUAGUGUACCUACAACCACCAGGAUUGAAGUCAAAUGCUCAGAUUUGUUUUCUGAUGUUUGGACUUGAUAACUGGGUUCAUCUGGCUCCAUACAGCCUCCCUAAAGCAUGUGUGAUCAGGCGCCAAAUAGGUGACCUUUUCCCAUUUGUCUUCUUCAGAGGGGGCUGCACCAGCUCUGAGUGGUGUCCCCAGCUGUUGGGCUUAUAGAGCGCCCCUGGAAAAACAGCAUGUCAGUCUCUCAUCUUUUUGAUGUUCUCUCUAUGCCUUUGUACUCCUCAGUAUGACACCGUGCAUCUCUACAUGCCAAGAUGUCUCAAGUAAUCUAAAUGAAAAUGUCUAAUCUUGUUAUUAGAGCAGCUCUAUGUGCCACAUGCACUUCAGCCAAUCGUCAAGUCCCUCAGCUUUCUUUUUUCUCUUUUUUUUAUUGUAUAUCAGUGCAGCCAAAUGGUGCCAAAGGGAUUUGGAGCGAUUGUGCGCUGCCCUUGAACGGUGAACAUUAGCUUUUAGAGUUUGUGUUGAUCACUGUCUCAUUUGAGGCCAUUGUAAAUCUGCUUUCUGUCUGUGCCAAGGCAUCUGCCUUCUUACUAUUACAAGCUAGAAUUAAUCCCCAGAAGGAAGUUCAGUCUUAAAUAAAUCUGAGUCCUAUUUGGUUUAAGUACUCAAGUACAUCUGGACUCUCUAAAGGAAAAGGAGCAAGGGUUCCUGUCCUGAACUCUACCUUUUGUAAACCCCGGGUCUGUCUCCUGCACACAGAGAACAUGAGUAGAAAGACGUUGGGUGAAUUUUGAUCUUGAUUUCUGUCAAUUAGCAUAUGCAAAGGAUGAAAUCAUUGUUGUCAUUUUAAUGAAGGGGUAAAACUCCCUCUCAGGCAAACACCACAAAAAGAGACAAUUUUGAUGGCAGACAUGCCUUCAUGAUCAGCUUUAAUGGGCUUUUUUUUUUUUUUUUUUUACUGGGGAGCAGCAUCGAAGUGGAGCACAUUAAGAAACAGCUUAAAGUGGCUCAUAAACUGCUCAGAUCCUCCAACACUCACUGUCAUCAUCAUCAUCAUACCAGACGGACAAAAAGCAAUCCAUUUUGUCUAUUUUCUCCCCCUCUUGUCUCCCAGAUCACCCCCCCUCCCAUCCCCAUUGAGAUUUCUGGAGCUGUUUGUUAAAGUGAUCUUUAAAAAAGCUCUAAUUUGGGUUUUUUGUCUUGCUUUACCUGAGAGAAAGGGGCCUUUGGGAAACUAUAGGGUCAAUAGAAAUGGCUUACUUGGUUUGCAAGACGGUGACUUACAAAACCCAGUCUAAGAGUGAGGAAUCUAGGAAUCACUCUUUUUGUCACUGUAAAUACAAACAAUAGGAAAACUUAAAAUUCUCUGUUAGUUGCUCAUGAAGCCUUACUGAAAGCUAAAGGUCAACAUGUCUUCGAAGUUAUCGCUUUGACAUCGUGGAUUGUUCUUUAUUUAUUUAAAUGCUUGGUGGUCACCUCUGACAUUUCGAUAAAGAAGCUGGAAACCCAUGAAUCAAUUCACCACUAGUAAUGGAUUACUUGGUUUCUGCUGUGUCUUUUCAUUUUUAAAUUUCUGUCAUUCACUGUUUGACCUUUCUUCAUGAGAUUUACAAUGAAUCGCUACUUGUUUCUUAUUUUCUUGUGGCCUUGCUCUUCUAAACAUUGGCUGCUUAAUUACAAGCUAGGGUACUGUAUGAGACAUAUGCUACAGUUAGUUAAAAAAAAACUACAGCAAAAAAAACAAACUUAUUUGGCUCUGGUUAGAUAACCUACAUUGAAUGCCAAAAGUAAUUUUCUACAAGGCUGUCACUCGCUGAAUGCUGCUUUUCACAUUCGUGCAGAAAUAGCCACAGUUGACCUUCUCAAACCAGAACAUGGCUGGCUUUUUACUGCCAGUUGUCAAACCAGACAAGGUGUUGUGACAAUAAUUUUAAAAGGUUUCGCAAGCCAAAAAAAUCCAAUAUUCUUAACAUUUAACCAGCUUUAAGAUUUGCUGUUUUUUUCAACCAAGAUAUUUUGGCAUUUCUCAGAGAUUCCUGUUAGUGCAGCCCUCAACAAUCUGUCCACAGCUUAUUAAGAGGCAGGAAAAGAGGCAAUGUGUAUAACAAAUAAUGAAGCAUUACCAUUUGUCAGGUCAGGGGUGGGAGAAAGCUGAGUCAUGGCUCCUUGGCAGCUCUAGACAGAUUUAGUUUUCUGAUAAGAGUAACCAUGGGGGCGAACAGGGAGCAACAAGGGGUCUCCACUAAAGCUAUUAAGUAUCUGGUACCAUGGACAGCGCCAGUUGGUAAAAGCACCAUCAGUCCUUUUAAAAACAGGAUUCAUGUAUGAAUUAAUAACGUGGCAGACGUUUUUUCUUUAUUGAUGUUUUCUUUUUUUACCAGGGAAUAAAAUGCAUUAGCUUUGAGUUAUUUCUAUUAAUGCCUACAGUGUAUCCUGCUGUUCAUGUGCUCCAUAUCCCCAUGCUUUUAGCCUUUAUAUGACAGUGUAGCACUCUUGAAAACAGUUCCUGGUUUUAGACCUUAAGUCUCGGUCCACAUCCCAUAAAUUUAUAGUUUUUUUUUAAUAGAAUAUAAAUAGAGAAGAUAUAAAAUGAAGCAAAACUGUAAUUCAGCCUAAUGAUCAGAUUAAUCAGCACUAAGCCUGUCUGAACUAGGGGACAAAUUUCACGUUGCAUGGCAACUAAAAACCCAAAAUAAUAAAACAGGCUCAAGAAACAGCACAUCAAUGAUUUAAAAAGUAAGCUGAUGAUUAGAACUGCUCAUGUUUAUCACUGGUUCAGUGAGUUCAGUGAUCAAUGAUUUGCUUACUGAUAAAACCCCGGUCUGUGAAUAACUUUCGAUUUGUGGUCGGUAUGAUUCAGCUCUGAUGGAGCCAGCAGAUGACACAUUUUUUAUGAUUUAUCAGAGAAGGUCACACGCAGAAAUGUCGAGCAGUUCGAGCAGUUUGCAAAGAGCAUGUUUCUGGGUUCUUUGAUGUCGUGUGGAUCAUUAAAUUUGACAGAUUAAAAUCUGCACUGGUGAUAAAGGUGUGUGUUCUUGCAUAGCUAGAGGUUAAAUAUGUGACAGCAGACUUUCCAAAUACUUCAAAUGGAAUGAUUUUAAUUCCUUAUUUUAUAUAAGGUCAGUUGUGUUAAAGUAUCUUCAAAAAGACAAAUAAUGUAGUAUGAUAACAACUCGACAUUUCAACUGGCAAAACAAUAAAUUGCAGAUACCAGAGAUGCAAGAUAAAUCUAGAUUUUAAAGGCAGCAGCCAAUGAUGGAUAUUUUUUCCUUUUUUCACUAAUAACACAGUUUGAACCACUAAAAAAAAGUAAUUAAAGGUACAUACAUUCUGACACAGUAGCUGGUUAAUCUGAUCCUCCAUUACAUGCAAAAAAUAAAAGCAAAUGGAGCUGCAACAAUUUGAUGAUAGAGUUUCCUGAGUGGAUAUUUUCCACUGUUUUAGGGGAAGGCAACGUGAUAUUAAUUUGCUGAACAUGAACCAUAAGUAUCCUGGGAGGAGGUAAAAUAUCCUCAAGCUUUAACACAACAAAUGACUGAUUUAACCUGAAAAAAGGAUCACAAAGGUCUGCCAGUGCUCGCAUUAGCAAAACCAAAACCAGACCAAACCAAACCAAACCAAAAAAGUGCUGAUUUCACAGACUGUUGGCAAAUGUAGAAAGUUUACCAGAGACAACUACAAGCAAUUAAUGAUAAAUCAUAGACUUAACAAUGCCUUUAUGUUGUGUGUGAACACUAGUAGAACACAAACAUUCACCAGCUAAUAACACAAUUAGAGCAGUUCCAGGUCACAGGUAUCCCUACCUGGCAUGUAUGAUGUGAGAGCUUUUAGCUCCUGUGAGAAUUUUUUGACCUUUUUGAAAUAGACUGAAAUUCACAAUCGUGCAUUUUGAUGGUAUCCAAAAGGAAACGAGAGCAUAGUUGACAGGAUUGAAGAUUUUUAUAUCCUAAUUUUUAAUGCCUGAAACUGGAUCAGGAGGUAGGGUCAGCCUUGCAGCUAAAGAAAAAGCCUUAGUUUUACAAUAUCCACAUGAAAUAUUCACAAUAGAUGAUACAUUUGUCCACCAGAAGUCAGCAAACCUAAAAUCAUCACUACUUAGACAUGUAAAGAACAAGAUCAUGUUGUCCACGUGGGAUGCUAAAAUUGACACAAGCUGAAAGUUUAUUCACAGUAGCUUUAAUUGUAGAGUAUUAAUAUACUAUUAAUGCAUCUUGUGUUUUAAAACUUUGUAACCCUCAGAGUGCAUAAACUGCACAAAAAUAUUUGCUGGUAAUCUUAGUUGUAAAUUUCAACAGGAGCAUGUUAUUAUCACUUAUUUGCAUUAGCUAAGCAAAUCAAUAAUAUGCAUCCCUUCCAAUUUACCCAUGUGUUUUUAAACCUGGAUUAUAAACCGCUUUGAAAUGACAACUUUUAUGUCAACUAUGAUGAAAGUUCAUCCACACCUAAAUGAGAUAAAGCAACAACAUAUUAGACAUAAAGUGCAUCAAAAACAAAACCUUAUUCAAUUAAAAUGACAGAACAGGAGCUUUAAAGUCUCAGUUUGGUUACUACCAGUAACAACCAGCAGGUAAAAUCCCAUUUAUACCCGUAUUUACGAUAUGAUAUUCAGCAUGUGCGAAGAAAAUGAUGAGCAGACAGAGGUAAUUAUGCAUUAUUCAAUCUUUUCUCUAAAAAUAGACCUCACCAUCUGCUGGGCCUGCGAAAUAAAUCCCCAUGUACAGUAUUUUGUAGAUAAAUAUCACCAGCCAGGAGAAGAUGCUUUGCUCAUUUUCUCAUCCAACUGCUGUUAAUUGGUGACUAAAUGAGAGAUCUGACCUUUGUUUAAAGCCAUGUGUUCAAACUGUACCUGUAUGCAGGCUGGUAUCCAUGUCUGAGAGUGUGAGAGAGCAAAAGCAGGAGUAAGGCGUGAGAAAACGAAUCAUGCCAGAGUAUAGAGGAGGCUGAGAUGAGGAGGAAUGGAGGGAGAGGGCAACUUUUCACUUGGCCCCGAUCCAGCUCUCAUAUCAGCUGUCUGUUGAGCUUUUUCAAAGGCAAUUUAUUUUUAGAUAUUUCAAAAACUCAUUUGAAGGCGAUUUUCACUCUAUGGCUGCAGCCCUCGCCUUCACUCUCCUCCCUUUGCGCCAGCCUCACCCCCCUCUCAUGUGGCACCCGAUGUGUCGCAGAGCCCAUUCCUUGGCAGUCAGCACAGUUUUGAUUUAAUUCUGAGGGCCAUCUGUAAUCCCCUGCAGGACAUAGAGGCCUGUAGCCCCGCACAGCAAACCUCUCUAUCUCACUAUCUGCCUUUCUUUCCCUCUGCUCUCCCCGGACCCUACCUUUUUCUUUCUUCUCUGCCAUUACACCCCCACCUCCCUCCCCCCCAACCAUUCUGCUAGCCCCUGGCUCCAGUGCCCCACUGUGGGACUGUCAACAUAUCUCAUACAUGCAGGGAUAAUGGGAUUGCAGAGCUUCAAAGACUUACCGCAGGUAGAUUUUUGACUGAGAAUGAUGGAGAUGUUCCUAGCAAUGAACUUUUAAACAGGAAUUUAGAUCCAGACUCAUCAACUAAGUAUAAAGAUGUUACGUUCAUUAAUACUUGGGCCAGCACUUGGGCUUCUGUUUUAUUAUGAUUCCUGAUAAUGUCUGUCACUUUUUGAAUAGGAAGUCAUUAGCUCACUAGCUUGUUAGCUCGUAAGUGCUUGUGCAUGCUUGUGAUCGCUGCAGCCUCUCUCUGUCCCUUGGCUUUUCAGACACCCACAGAUACACACACCUGUCUCCUCCUGCUCCUCUCUCCAGAUCACAGCAUCUGAGGGUUAACCACCAGCUUUUGGUCCUCCUUACAGGUUUAAGUUCAUAGAAGGAGGUUUUGACUUAAAAUGAACCACUGAUGCCUCUUCAAAAGCACUCAAAAUGUUUAGUUUCGUUUAUUUAGAUCUCCAUUAGCUUUGGCUAAGGCCGUUGCUAUUCUUCCUGGAGUCUACGUUUACAGUUAGCUCUCCAUUGCAGUGUACAGUCACAAAAAACAUCACACCACAAACACAAAGACAACGUCGAUAACCACAACAACUCACAACAGCCUACUAGACAAAAACAAAACAACACAAGUAGAACAAUACAAACAACAUACACAUAUAACUGGACCUUAUACAUUUCCACAGUGUAGCUGUAGUUCUGAAAUAACCAGGUGUUUAAAUAUCAACUUACAUUCCACAUAAUUGAAUUGAAUUAAUUAAUUUACUGAAACAGUACCCAAUACAUAAUACAUGAGCAGACUUCCAAUAUUAUAAGUAGAUCAGACAAACCAAGCUUCGUCUAAAUAAGGAGCUGUUUGACUAGUAAACGUUCUUUAACUAGAUCUUUAAAUCUGUAUUUGUUGUUUUCUUGGAUGGUAUACUUAAAGUUGGUUGUGGCCAACAGUGUCAGAUAAAGUGAACCACAGUGGAAAAACAACAGAUCAUUUAAAAUCCAAAUCAAACAUCUGUACCCACAGAAUCUUACCGCUGGCUGGAGAAAAUGCCUGUGGUGUUGUGGCCGAUCGUACUUGCUCCACUUGUACAAUAGAAGUCUGUGAUUCCCAGAGUUCAGAGUGGACAUCUGUGCUGGUCCACCACCUGUCUUUCUACUUGCUGUAGCCAUCAAACAGAUCCAAGCAUUUCUCAUACCAGUAAUAAUGUCGAGGUAAGAGAUACACUGUUCCCAUAGAUAUCCUUCAUCUUUGUGAGCCAUCAAGCUAAGAUGUUGGUAUCAUCUCUUUCUACAAUCUUGCAUGAUUGUUCUCUCGGGAUUGUCAUGAAAUAGGACUUCUUGCUCAAAACAGAAACAUCAGUGUUUUGAACUCACACAAAAGUUUAAAAAGAACAUAUCUGCUGCUGAAAAGUUACACUAGCUUGGUGGAAAUAUCUUCUCUGGACAUUGCUCUUCACAGGCUGAUUGGAACUUACCCUGUGAGUGUCUGACUGUCGGGGUAAAGCAGUUUGGCGCUCGGUUGACUCUGUAAGCUCUGGUCAGAGAUAAGCACCUGGGCUGGAGAGCUUUUCCAUUUCCUCCCAAAGCACCCAAUCAAGUAGUGGCUGCAACUCAGCACUAAAGAGACCUAAAUACCGCUUGCUCUUCCUGUCUCCCUCUCCCCAGUGGAAGUCUCCUGGACUCCUUUGCUACUUUCACUCCAUCUUUCCACUUCUUCCACUUCCUCUCUGACCUCUGGUUGGAAAAUCUCAUGCUGUCUUACUUUUAUCUUUUGUUUUUGACAAGGUAUUUAGUCCCACUUGGAGAUCAUGGACGUCUGCUGAACUUGAUCAUACUGUUCAAGUAAUAGCUAAGGGUUAUGACACCACUGGCCGUGUUAAUCUCUAAUGUCCUGAUUUAGGCACUGAUUUCGUUCUGUCUUAUACCUUUGAAUUUAGACUCUUUUACCACAUCUGCUUAUUUCCCCUAAAAACCUUUUAAAGAUAUUGUUUCUAUCUGAUAAAUUUGAAGCCAUUUUUCACAUGCACAUGUCCACCAAUAAUGAUCCCAUACCCUCCUGUGAGAGUUACUGAUUGAAACUUCUGCAAAAGGAAAAAAAACGUGGGUGAGUUAGAGGAAGAUUUUUGAGGCUUUAAGAUAAUUGAGAUAUGGAUUAUGCAGCAGCUGCAAAUGCCAUCUGAUUGUUUUUCCAGAUAUGUUUGGCCUUUACAGGUAAUUGCACUGAAAGAUUUAAUGAAAUGAUGAAUGGGAAGAAGUACUUAGAUUAGUUUUUUUUCCUGAAAGUCUUCUGCAUUUAUUUGUAAUUAUAUAGCCUUCUGCUGUGACGCUCACUAAACCAUAAAGCUUCUAAAACACUUGCAAUGAGUGAAGCUUAUAGCAUUCAAUAACAGGCGAGUGAAGCCGAUGUCCAAAGAUGAAAAAAAAUUACUUUAUUUUUCCUGAUAUGGUGCAAAAAUCAGACUCUUGGUUUUUGAUUUAGGUCUGAUAUGAUGAUACGACAUGAUACUGCAUGUCCCUCUGCCUCCUCACCCCCAUGACCGUGACUUUUUCCCCCUUUUUCUCUUUUCUCUUCUCGACAUCGGCAGGUGAUGUCUUUGAAAGCGCUGAGUCAGCCGUGCCUAUGAUAGGCUUGCUGGAUACUUUGUCUUGCUUGUGACCUUUGUCGCUCCUCUGAUGUCCAUAACAAAUUGCCCCAGGGUAUCAGCGUGAUCAUGCAGUGGCAACACAGCAGCAGAAUAACAAAAAGCUUUACCACGCUGCAUUGUGUGUGUAUGUGUGUGUGUUUGUGUGGUUUCGCUGCAGUGGGACGCUUUUAAUUACAGUCUUCAGUGUCUGAUUUUUACAGAAAAAUCUACACUAUCCUGCACAUUUCAUUCAAUUCCAGUAAGUCCCAACAAAACACUGAAAUGUGUGUGACCCUAACUGUGUCAAAUACCAAUAAUUAACUGUACAGCCCACAAAAGGUUGCAUUAUUGCUUUCCUGUAGCUGUAGGCACAAUUUUAAAUUACAGGUGUGUGCUCAUUCAUGAUUGCCAGUUUUCACCUAGUUUUGUUCCCUCCUGUACAGUAAUCAGUGGCUUCGGUUAUUAAUGUGUUUAAAUAUGCAACUCAUUGAGCGCAAAUGGCCUAUUGGUCAAACUGUAAGUAGCUAUGUCAUCCACGAGUGCUGCAGGGGUUGUAACUCCCUCCCUGUUCAAUACACACUCACAGCCCCUUGAUGAACAAGCUGGUCUGGGCGAUUUGCUGCAGAAGCAGGAUUUUAUAGUGUGUGUGUUUGUGUGUGUGUAUGUGCUUGGUGUGCCUCUUUCUGUGUACAUGUGUAAGCAUCGGCAGAUUUAGUAGUUAACACAAAUAUAUGCAUGUGAGAUUGCUAGCUGGAACAUUGCUGUGCUCUCUCUGUAUUUUCCAUCAUUACCACAGGGUUUAAGAUUGUUCGCAUACAUACCGCAGUGAAGCCUCAAACACUGCCAGCCUUUCUAUCCAGACUUGAUAGGGGUUUUCAGAGUCAGGGUCACACAUAUGGACCUGUGAGACCCCAUCACACCCUGAGCUCAGCAUGAUAGAUGAGGGCUCUUAUUGUUGAGCCAAGAUAGCAAGCUAGCACCCUUGCCCCACCCUCCAAAUCUGAGCCACACAUCCACUUUGCUGCUGUCGCAGCAUUGCAUUGGCACACACUCUCAUAAAGUUCCAAGGGCAUCGAUUUCACUUUGCUUCAUUAAUAUGUAUUGGAAAUUAUUUUCCACUUUGUUAAAGCAAGUCUUGCUUCCCUGAAGGUUGGGUCCAGUGGGAGCGUGUGCACGUGUGUGUACAGUUUGAGCUGUGCCAAAUCCUGUAGAUUUGUGUUAAUCAAUGCAGCAUGGGUGUUCAAUACCUGCUCAGCAGAACAAGAGAAUUAAUGAUGCUUGAUCGUAUGUUGUUCAGCUUCUUAACUUUACUGCAAAGAUGCACAGGUGUUCUGUAAUUACAUUAGCAUUAGCUUUAGGUUGAUAUAUCAAGAGAGGCUGCUGGGUCAUAAAUAAGACCUCCGUUGCCUUUCACAGUUUAACAGAUGCUCUCAGAAAUCUAUUCAAACUUAAAGGGAUAUUCUGGCGUAAAAUUAAUUUAGGGUCAAACACACCGUAACACCGAGUUAGACACCACCUCGAGAGAUGAAUGUUGCAGACCGCUUGCUUUUCUAGUUAUACCAACUUUAGUAACAGUCGCAGGAUAGCAAUACACAGCGGUCCAAAGAGCCAUAAACAAACCUCAACCAAAACGCCACUCUAUUUCUUCAUGGAAAUGCAAUCAGACUGAGAUGCUAAGGCAGAAGAACUACCGCGUCUGCAGUGCAAAAUGAUUAAUAUGGUGAUUAUUACUUCAAGGAAAUGAUAAAGUAAUGAUCACAAAUGUUUUUACUUGAGCUGCGUCACCCCACUGCAGUCGAUGGACUUACCUGAGGUCUCUGUACAAACAAGCGGCUGCUGGAAGAGAGUACAUGAGUUGUGUUUAGUCUCUUUGCUAUAGAAAUUAGGCAAAGCUAAAAUGAUGUUUGGUGGCUAAUGCCGUGGCUGGGAUCCUAUGUGUACUGUUGAUGAAGUUAAGUGUUGUUCUGAGCAUUAUUUGUGGCUAUAUAGUGGCGUUUUGGUCAAGGUUUGUGUGUGGCUCCUGAGAUCGCUGUGUAUUGCUAUUGUGCAGUUGUUAUUAAAGUUGGUAUAAAUGGAGAAGCAAGUGGUCGGCAACAAUUAUCUCUCGAGGGGGUGUCUAACUCGGUGUUACGGUGCGUUUGACCCUAAAUUAAUUGUACGUGGGAAUAUCUCUACAACAUGGGGUGCUGGUUGAGCUCAGCGGGUGCCCCAUGCACUGUUGCUACAGUUUACUGCACUGGUGGUAGGAUCAUCUUUUACCUCCAGGUCUAACUUUUCAAAAAUGUGUCUUCUCUGUUACCAUCAUUCUUUGAAACUGCAGGAUGCUCUGUGCUAUACAGUUCACUAACUUACAUUUAUAGCUGCAGGAAGACUCUUUAGUGUAUAACAGAGCUCAAAGGAGCAUUUUUCCUGCCCAGAGUGAAAAGCCAAAGUGUUGGACAUGGAUGGGGCUUUGUAAAGCUAAAACUGAGCCGUUAAGAACUUUUGAACCUGAACCAGUCUUGAUCCCUUGGAUUGGCUUAUUGCUGCUGAUACCCCUCUGAAGAGGUUGUGCCUGAUUGUAUCAGUUUAAGCUGAUUAUUGUGGCUCUGAAGAUAGCUUCAAACUUUUAUUACUUAGUUUUUGUUAUCUUCAGGCAUUUGCGUUUUCUUUGCCAUUUAUGGUUUCCUGGAAAAGAACAGUCACUCUUCUUUAAUUACACAAAAGAUAUUUACUCUUGAUACUAGAGUGGAGUUGCAGAGUCACAGCUGCCCUCCAGAGAAAUGACGACAGAACAACAGAUAUCCAGAGUAAAGCCAGGACUUUAAAGGCUCUCCUUGAAGGCAGACUGCAGUGUAGGUUUUAAAGACCACUUCCUCUAUUGUAAAAGAUUAAAAUUAAAAUACAUGUCAAUAAUUUAUUUUCUCCAGUAUGGGCUCCUUCACAGCUGUUAGUUUCUAUCAUGCUGAAGUGUUCUUUUAUUUUGGAAAAAGUUUAGUUUUAAUUAGAUAUUGAUUCUUAAAAGAGGGGAUGUGAUGCCAUAAUUGACAGCUCUGUUGACAAAUGCGAAGAGAGUAAAGGGGGACUAACAAGAGUAAACGUAACAAACAGAAACACAAGAACCGCUGAACUUUCCGUCGUCAUAAGUUUCUGCUCCUAAUCAAAACAAGAAUCUGCUCAGCUGAAGGAGCCAGCCUAACCUGAACCUCAAUGGGGUCACGCAGCACCACUCUUGUCUCAUAGUUACAGGUAGCUGCCUGGCUAACCAGCAAGUGCAGCAAGGAUCAUACCAUACAUUUGACCAAGAUAUUUCAAAUCUCAGUGCUUCUGUCUUUUAUAACAUCUUCACGGUUUGCUACUGAGUGAAAACUAAAUCCUAUUAAACAAUUUUAUUUCUGGGUGAUGCACCUGAUGCAGAAAUAGGAGGACACAUUUGUCAGCUCUGUUUGGGACAGCCUUCAACGUGCCACUGUGACACAUUCGGUCUUCAGAUGCGUCCUUCAAAGCUGGCAGCCUCUGAAUUUGGACACAGUAGUUGACUGUGCCUAUCUGAGAGAUUUUCUAUCUUCAAUUAGGAAUUUAAAUGUAUUUUUUUUUGACAGCAGAAGUGGUGUUAUGUCAGUCCUGCUGCUUCCCAAGUCAGGUCACAUCUGAACAUGCCUUGGCUCCUCUUGGGUCAGGGCACAAUAAGGCGGUACUUUGGUGUCACAUCACACAAAGACAAAGACUCAACUAUGGAGUUGAGUAGUUUAGCUCCUAAAAAUGUGUGUCCUUGGCAACAGCAGAUGAUCAUUCAAAAGGCCUUUUACUUCACUUUUCAUGGGUGCUGCUAUUAACAAUUACAGAUUAUGAAUGCUUCAUGGAAUCUGAUAAAGGAUUUGGAAAGAUUCAGUUUGAUUGUUACCUGGGCUUGGAUUAGAUAAAAUGCUACCUGACUUCUUGAGAGCCAUAAAUGCUCUUGUAAAACCAGCUGUUAAACAGAUUGUUUUGUUGUCAAGAUAUAGUACUGAGAAAUUUGCAGCGAGUCCAUCAAACACUAAGCUUUUAUUUUCUUCUUAAAUGUCCAAAUUUGAUGAAAGGGAAAAAUAUAUAUAUUAAAUGUGACAUAUUGUAAAUCCAAUACAUCAAUCUCUCCUCUCUCUCCUGAAAAUACCUCUAUGUUGGCUUGGUUCCCCUGUGCUCUUAACUCUCAGCCUGGUUGGUACUAAUCAAUGUGUGUGUUGGGUAUUGCGUCUUAAUGGGUUAUAAUACUGGCAGCCCUGGUGCAAAGCUGGUCCCAUUGGGGAGCCGCCUGGCAACACCGGGCACUGAUUUGAUUAAAGCCACCAGAUCCUUUUCUAAGGCUGCUCAUUAUGCUGGGCAGCUCGGGAGCCAAUAACAGGACCACUUAGCAUACAUAAUGGACAGGUAGUGGAAGUAAAGAUUAAUGGGAGGGUGGGGAGAAGUUUUGAAGUGGGAUUAAAACUUUCUCAUAAAAGAUUCCAAAAAAAGAUUGAACUCAUGUUCAAGACUUAAAACUAUUAAAGAGAUUUUUCAUCUUUACAUAUAGUUCACCCUAAAGGUAUUAUAGACCUCUUGUUGAUGAAAUGUCAAGUGUAAUUUUAAUGUGGCCCAUGUUUAAAAUAUGGGCCUCGGAUAGAUUAAUAGAGACCCACCCCCAAAUCGCAGUUUUCGCUCCCUGCAGCAAAUGAAAUAACAGCAACCUGCAUUAGUGUUAUGAAUAUCCUCCCAGAUGUCUGAAAUUAAUCCACAGAAAACGCCACUUAAUUUUUCAAAAGAGCAGGAAAUGUUAGCGUCUUUCAAAUUGAAAAUAUCAUAAUGAAAGAUUUUUACUGCAAAGGCAUCGUGCAUAUUUCCACACCCACUACAUGCGGGCUCAUAUAUAGAGAAGACGCUUCCCCCUCCACAUCCUUUAGAAAUAAGAGAUUUAAAUGGAGGUGUCAGUGCUUGGAAGAUGGAUAGGUCUCAGUUAAUGUGUUUUUUCUCACUCUGUAGGAAUUAACUCCUCUUCUCAACUCGGGCUCACCCGGGACUGCAGAGUAAUAAACCCUAAAAGGAAAUCGCUGAGCAUGUUUAUCUUUUCUCCUGUGUCUCUGCUGCCACACAUGCACCCAAAAUCUGCGGCUCGACCCGUGACUUAUUGAGGGGCUCAAAGCUCCGAGCCAAUUUCACAAACAUGUCCUCAGUCUUCUAUUUACUCAUAGGUGUGUGCAUUGAAGGGAGACAGAGGGCUUUAGUGUAUAUGGGUUAAGAUUUGUGUGUUUCAUGUGGAUGAUUGUGCAGCAGCGAUGUGAGUGAACACAUAUAGUAUGUAAACCUUAGGGAACUUUUACUUACCUUUUAUAAUAGGAGAAAAUACACUUAGUUUUAUAAGUAUUAAAGGUGGUGAGCUAACAGUCUGUAUCUAAAGGGUUAAAAAACUAAUAAACAUGCGAUGAAGGUUCUGUAAGGGUCACAAAGGUUUACAGCGUUAAAAAAAAUGCAUAAAUGUAAAAAAUUUAUCACAUAUAUUAAUUAUUUGGCCAUAAAAAAUCAAUGUAAACACCUCAUAUCUUAAUCCUUUUCACACAUUGUAUAAAAAUAACUUCAGUCCAUCAUAUUUUUCACAUGCUGUGUUGAAAUUCUUGGUGUACUACGUGCAUUACUAAAUCAUAGCUCUCACGUCUAGUGCAACAUCAUGGUAAAUUGAGGUUCAAGUUGGACAUUUGAAGACAUGAGUGAUUCAUAAUAAUCAUGUGUCAACCUCUCAUGUGUGAAAAUGAAGUCAGUGAGGACUUUCUGGAGUUUCCAAUUGAGUCUGGCUCUGCUAAAGAAUACCCUUUGGAGGCCACUUUUUAAAUGCUAAUUUUUCCCGCAGAAAUGACCCUGUUACAAAGAGUUUGGGAAUAAAGGGCAUGUAUAUUUAUUUGUGAAGACUAUACAAAAAAUAUUUUUAGGACUGUUUUAUUUUGAUAAGAUUAAGGCUAGACAUGGUUGAUUUGACUGACAGGUGGGCUUGUUAUGUCUCUGCCUGGUCCUAGUUUGAUCGAAUAUAAGGCUGAGUUGGAAUUUUUUAGGGAUUUAUUCCUGUGGCAGGUUGACAGAUUUGAUGUAUAUGUUAGCCUCAACCAAGCCAAGUUUAAAGCAUGUUUACAAAACUUUUGCUACAUUUUAAUACUCUACCGUAUACAUCCAUAAGACCUUGAUCCACGUUAGAUAAGUGCAAAAACACACAGAAAAGACUGAAACUUAUAUACAUGUGCAAAACAGUGAAUUAGGGUCUUGGCUAUAAAAAGGAUCAUUGUCAGAUGCUUUACCAAGUGUAGUAAAAACAUCCCCUCUUUGUUGUACUUAAAACGCUGCCGAAUCUGAAAAUCUGCUCACCAAUUUAUCCCUGUCUGAGAGUUUUUCUCGGCAAAACAUCAGCCAGAAAUUUUCGGCUUAUUACCCAGAGUCAAGAUGGGCAGAGCAAAUUUUAAUGUGCCUUUUUUUCUACUCAACUCUUCAAACCAGAGGAAAUAUAACCAUACAAAUCAAUAACACAGAUCAGGGGCCUAUUACAUUAGCCCGUCUUUUCAACUUUACUUGGACUCACUCCAGAGUCUUUAUCACCCAGUGUAUCUAUUUGUCUUCAACAUGCAGAGAUUUUCAGUGCUAAUGGUUUGUCAUGUCUAGAUGAAAACCAGUGACCCAUUAGCAAUGCCGCCCAGUAGCUGAGGACCUCCUUCCUGAUCUUUGGAGAUGAAGGGUCCUCUUUUAGUCGAGAAAACCCCACAGGCAGGGCCUGACUGAGCCUUUGUCCCCUGUGUGUUGCCUGGAGAUGGUCCUCUGCUGGCCUGCUUUCCCUCUCUCUUAGCUUGACAUCCAUGACAAUUACUUCAUGCCUAGGGGAGAUGAUGCAAAAGGACAUGUGCAAGAGCACAAAUGAGGUACACUCGUGUGUAUACAGCGUGAGCAUGAGGCGUACAUACAGAGAGGUUUCAGAAGUUCCACUGCAAGAAUACUACUAUUCUAAUCAUGCACCAAACUGUAACCCACAAUUUCAAUCAGUUACAAAUUUAAAAAACAAAUUCAGCCGAAGAUUAUACCAUCUGGCUCUAGUUCUAGCAGAUAUUGUGUUUUACUGUUUUUACUGUCUGUACUUUUCUUUUUAAAAAAUUCCAAACUAAAAUAUUCCUCUAACAUUUCUUUUCUCCUGGUUCUUAAAAACAAAAGUAUAACUCACACUGAACAUCCCCUGUCCCUCUCUCCACACCCCAUCAGCACACAAUCCUGCACCGUCCCUGUGUUUGCCGACACAUCACAUGGGUAUUGAUGUUAAUUAAGGGCCCUCGAGCUAACAAGUCAGAUGCUCAGCAUAAUCUAACCAUCCGUUAAAAAAUGUGCAACGUGCCCAAUGAAUAAAAUUUUCUUCAAACAAGAUAGCCAUCCAUCAGUCUGUGUCAGCUAUUGAAAGGUGGGUUAUGGAUGGCUUCCAGGGGUAAUGUAACAAACGUAAUCACGUGAUCACAAAUCAAAGUGCCUGCUGUGUUACUGUACUGAUUGAUCCACUGCUUAGGUCUGCAUAUGUGACCAGUAUUUGGAUAAAGCAUUUUUCCCUCAGCUCUGUUAUAGUUGUAGACAAUACAGACCAUUUGUGUGCGGCUUACAAUGUGAUUGUACAACAGACAGUUUUGACACAAUAGCAGCAUUGUUUUACACCCACAGUCACACACACACAGACUAAAAUAAUUCUUUUUACAAGCAUUGAUUGUUCUUUAGUUCUAGUUUAGACUUCUCUACAAAGUCCUGCUUUCAUACAGUUUAUAUGAAUACUUUGACAGUGUGUGUCCUUGGUUAACGACUCUCCUAUUUUCUUUUCUUCGACUAACUGGGAGUCUUCACCAGUAGAACCUGCUCUGAGUGUAUUUUCUGUACUCCUUUGUAUGGAUGUGACUGCUUUCUUAGACAUGAAGAUGGUAUACCAGUCUAUACCAGCACUAGACUAGUAUACCAUGGAGAUAGAGAUGAUUCUAAUCUGUAAAACCACUUUAUCUAAAAGGUGCUGCUAUUAUUAGGCUGAACAUGACCUGACCUGACUGAAAAUUCAUCCCUAUUUAUUGUGCGCUGUAAUCAGCCAACAAGCUUGAUACAAAGCAUUCUAGAUUAAGUUAGUUCCUUCAUUAUAAUGUUAUCAUUAGAGGUGUCCAUAAUGAUUAGUUCGAAGUCCUUUCAGCCAAGUGGUCUUGAAGUAGGAACAUACUCAGAAAACGCAGAAUCUUCAGGUAAAUUAUGUGAAAUAUGUUACCCAGUCUGGUGAACAAAAGUAGAACUAGCACCAUCAGCCUUCAGUUCUUCUUGCAGAUCAUCGCCAGUCAUCUGCCCGAGUAACCUGACACAGUCCAUGAUACAGUUUAACUGUAGUAUUUGGAUCAAAAUACUGCCAAACUAUCCUGUACAAUGAGAUGCUGUCUGUGCUGGAUUACAUUCAGGGAAUAAGAGCAUCAUAGCAUUACAGCCGUAGCCAUUUAGCAUCUAACCCAGCUCCUCGCUACACAGUAGACCCAACAUGGCACAAUAUAACCAUAUUGUGCCAUGAUGGGUCACAAUAUGGGCCACAACGUGACUGUGUGCUUAGAGGCUAAAGGACCUGCCUUAAGCCUGCGUCUUUUGCUGCGUUCCAGUUGGACUGUCAAUCGUCUAUCUGAGAACACGUUGCUAUGGUGUUUGUAAGAGUAAAAUAAUGGGUUAUGCGUUGUUUACAACUGGUAUUGCUAACAACAACUAACAACAACUGACAACGGCUAACGACGGCUGACAAUUGUAAACAAGAGCUAACAAUAGGUAACUGUAGGCACCCAUUUUGGUUUUCCGACUUGUUAACUGGAAUGCCAUCAACUCAAGUGUAUUGUCAUUCCCACCUCCGACAUCCGAGGUAACUGGAACACAGCAUUUGCCUAUGGCCUAGCAAAGGUAGCAACUUUUAAUAGAUUAGUCAAAUAAAUUCCUCCAUCCUCUCUUACUCUCUAUCAUAUCUUUUUGUCAAUUCUGCAAAAGCUGUGCUAAAAUAGUUAAAUAUUCCUGGCAAAGACCCUUCUCAUAUUAAUGGUAUUGUCCUUUCAUUUCACUCCAGAGGUCUGAGGAUAUGCCACAGCCUUAGUUAAUUCCAAAGGAUGAUAGCCAGCCUCAAAGCCACUAUUUGAUUAUAAUCCAUCUCCCUCAUCAAAGAUCAGCCCUUCUGAUUGCUCUGUGCCGUGUUUGACAAGAUUAAGCCUCUUUUCUCUGUGUUAGACAAAAAGAUUGUGUUGGAUAUAUGCUUCUUCCUGCUGGAGAUUUAUUUGAACUGCUCUGAGAGACUCUGGACACAACUCGUUCCAGGCCUGACAUAUUUUAUUUAUGACAGUAUUAAAAAGCUGAAUUCCUGUUAAACAAACCAUAAUCCUCCAUUUGUGGUGACAUGGUCUAUAGCUGGCACUGUUCAUGCAGUUUAUGAGUGUUCCUCAUAGAAAAAGACAACUGUCUUUUGAUUGAGAGCGCCCCAUGAUGAUAGGAAAUAACCUGCCCCUGUAAAAAGUUUGCUUUCCCCCUGAACCAGCUACAAAAACAAAAGCCAGUCCAUAUGUUUACUGUAAGCCAAAAUUAAAUUACGUGAUUAAAGCCCUCAAACAGCUGCCACGUGAGACAUGGCCAAGUCAUUAUGGCAUUUCAAUCUGAAACUCAAUUAAACCAAAAAACUGGUGAAUCAGCUAACUCAGUUUGGACAGGACUUAAAAGUCAGAUGAGCCAGAUCAGAUAUGUGCCAGACCCAUCGGGGGACCAAAACUAAUAAUAACAUGCAUCACAAAGCUUUUAAACUCCACAACUUUGUGAACUUUUACUUUCAAAUGGAUGUUGUCGGCAUAAAAUUAGGUAUUCUUUUAAAGCUGCAUUGCAUCAGUCUCUUUUUGCUACAAAUUUUAGUUGAUAUUUGGUAAAGGUUUUGUUUUUGCUGGACUUUUCUGCAUGCUUAGAUCCUUGUUUAGAACCUUUGAUCAUUCAGGUGAAGGCUGAUAUGAUGCAUCCAUAAGCAAAUCUAUUUGUGGCCUUUGGUUGCAGUUAAAGCAUACUACAGUAAUUGAUACAGCUGCAAGAACAGAGCUAAUACUAAGACUUUCAUGAAGCACUGCUUGAGUAUUCAGUGAAUUGCUUGUAGCGCAACACUUCCAUUAAUCAUCAAAAAUCAUUUGUAAUGAGAUGUUUCAACACUAUGCACAAUAACAGCUCUUUAUGUUUUAAUUUUUCUGUUGUAGAGUGAAACAUGUCAUUGAAUCUAAUCAAUGUAAUGACUGAAUUAAUAGUGUUGAACUGCUUAUCAAACCCCUGCAGCUUCAUUUUGUUGUUUAGGACAAUGAAAAUGUGUGGCAGCACAGCACUAAUUCCUGUAAUUUUGUAAUGCCACAUAAACUUAGAGUUGUAUUUACUUUCGUUAGAGGUAAAUGUGUAGGUGCUGUUGAAGGCAGGUCAUUUUGCAGGGAGAUGAACAUCCAGGCAUAUAAAAACAGUAAUAUUAAGCUUGGCAAGCACUGCUAGGAGCUUGAACCUUUGUCCUUCAAGCCCUAACAGGCUUACAGCUUUGUGGUCAUUUGCAUACCUGCCUGCCAACCUGCAUUGAAUAUGUGUCACCAAAUGCAUUCACAUGGAAAUGGCUGCAUAUGUGCAAAAGCAUGAAGUGUUCCUACACAUAUUUGCUCAUGUUAAACCUCUAACCUUGCAUUUAAAUCGAACAUUGACCACAAUGUCACAGUGUCAUGUACGGAGCACAAUCGGAAAACAGUCCACAAGCUUUUUGUGGGUUUUUGCAGUAAGACUGAGCUCAGCCACGCUUAGGGGGAAAUUCAUUUUGGCUGCUUUCAUCUGUGAUGUUUUCAGUCUCUACCCAAAGCUCAUGACUGUAGGUAAGAGUUGGAACAUGGAUUGAUGAAUAAGUGAAAAGAUUUUUCACUCCUCACCAUAGUGCUCUGGUGGAAUGCCUACAUUACUGCUGACGGUGCACUCACCAACUUCCCUCACUUGUCUUCAAGACUGGAAAAUACCUAAACUCACUCCACCUGUGUGAUGCAUUUGAACCAAAAGUAUCUACUGUCUCCUAGCUGAAAUUUAGCUGCACUGAUCUCCGUGCUGAGAAACAACCUAUCAAGUUUGCAUAAACUUUAUUUUUGAUUAGAAUAGCUGCAGCAAGAAUAUGUAUAUCGGCUAUAUUGUAGAUUUAAGAUUCCUUCCAGCAUAAAGCUAGAUCAAAUGUGAAAUAAUGAAUGUAAAAUCAACCUUCCUCAUCUUUAAGUUCUGGACUCUGAAGUUGCUAAUGUUUUGCAUUCAAACUCUCCUUCUGCUCUCAGCCUCCAGCAUUUUAUUCUAUCAGGCAAAACAUCAUAAUGGAUUUUUGGCUAUUUCAAUCCAGAGACUUCACAUUUCUGCUCUACUUUAUAUGUGUUUGUCCCAUGGCUUAGGGCACAUAGGGAUAGAAAGCACAUUAAAGCAAACAAAAAUACGUUCCUCCUGGAAAAUCUUGACCACACAACACUUAACACAACCCACAGCACCCUCUAGCACUUUAGUAAAAAAAAAAAAACAUAUUUUAAAUUUACAAGUCUAUAAGUUCCCAAAUGUCAGCAACACAUAAACUCAAAAGUUGCCUACACUCAGCCUGAACAUUCAAGGGUUUUUGUAACACAAUUAACUGAACUUUGCAACUAUGAAAUCAACAGACACAUUAGUUUUCAGGGGUUUACUGCACAUUUGUAGCCACAGGCUAUGAAUGCAGAUGCCUUGUGACUUCUCUACCACUACCCUCGUCUUUGACCUAGAGGCCCCAGCAGUCACACAAAAGGAUUGGCUGAGAUUACUUUGCUCCACUGCAUCAAAAACGACCUGCCCAGGGGCAAAUUUGAUUGGUUAAAACACGGCAUCCGUGGCUAUUUUCCAUGUGGAAGAAUGGAGGCCAACAGCAAUGCAGCAGCGGAGCAGGUUCAUAAUACAUAUUUAUACCUGCAGUCUGUGGAGCAUUUAUACCUUUACACUUUUCAUUUAUGUGUUGCUUCUUAUCUGCUAACCCCUAGCUGUGUUUCUCAUUUUUGUGGGCAGAUUUGCCUUUUGUGCAUUGUUACUAUUAUCAUAUUCAUUUUUUUUUUGCUGCUCACCUUGUGGAGAAGAGCUCCGGGGGAUUAAUGAUGGAAGACAGGGCAAAGAGAAAGAAAGUGACAGUCCUAAUCACAAACUUUGAAAAGACCUCCCUCUGCUUGAUUUUUUAUUAUCGUGGUGUUGUUUAUAGAGUGAGAGAGAGAUCUUGCAUGGUGACUUUUAUAUCGCCUUUCAUCCUAUUGUGUUGCAAGCUAGGUGUUGUUGUUGCUUGCUUAGGUCAGUUGAGUUCGUGUUAUAUCAUUCCUGCUCCUAAAUGUAUAUUUAAAGCCAUUUUGUAGAUAUACUUGUAAAUAUGCUAAUGUAUAUGCACUUAUACCAAACAUGGGUUGAAUCAUUUCUUUGAAUGAAGAAGCUGAAGAAAACACGAGCUGACCUGCUGAUUAGUCUACAGGUAAGAAAACAGUCAAAACUGAGCUCAUUCAUCACAGAGACCAUGUCGAACUGUGUCUCACACUAGCAGUACUGGUACCACCGGCUGUCAGUUCUGCAAGUUCAUGUCCACAUGUCUGUAGCGUUUAACUCACAUGCCAGUUCAACCAGACUCAGCCUAUCUCCAUUUUUUAUGUAAAUAAAUACGGCUUUACAUCUGGGCUAAAGAGCAUGAUAGUGUUAUGAUAUAGUAGCCAUCAACUAGAGCUCUGGCUAGGGCUUGGCGGCUGUGCUACAGCUUGGACAUAAGGAUUAAUAAGCAUUUAGUGCCCUCAAUAAUAAGAAUGUGAGGUCAGCUGACUUUUUUGUAAUUUUGGGGUUUGGGCUUUAAAGCCGGUUAACAGUCCAACCAUAGAGGACUUAGAUUUAUACUCAUGCCUCCAUAUGGUCAACAGAAGCACCCCACAGAGCUUGACACAAACUUUUUCACAAAGAGCACAUGUGCUCCAUGUUGAAAAAGUAAGGAGCACGUGAAGAACUUUAGGGGCACAAUGAAAAAGUUAAUUACUGUUAUUUGAAAUCAAUUUUAAGUCAAUUGGUCAUGUGACAUGGAAGCUAUUGAAGAAAAUGUACAAAAUUUGCCUUUAAAUUUAACACAAACAUUUUUUGAGGACAAAUUAGGGAAAUAAAGAGGUGUCUAUUAUUGUCCGACCUUAGUACUAUUAUUUGAAAUUAAUUUUAGUGCAAUUGGUCACAUGACAUGGAAGCUAUUGAAGGAAAACAGCCUUUUCUGAGAACAUCAACUGGUAGAAUAUCCAACCUAAAACUAACUUCACUGCGGUAUUUACGUGAAAAAACAUUUGUUGCAUCGGCCAUUUUUUUUAUGCACACGUGUCCCUAAAUACAUUUUACAAUUCGCACACAUCUAUUUUUAGUCGCAAAUGUGAGUGAAACGGUCGCACUGUUGAACCCUGCCCCAUACUGUGAGGAAAUUGACUUGUUUUGAGGAAAAUUGUUCUCCUGUCUUGGACCACAACCCCAGGUGAGUGUUAGCGUCCAAGAGUCUGUGAACCCUAAUGUUACAGUGUUUUUGUGUAUUGUACUAAUAUACUAUUUCUAUUACAGGUAUGCAUAAUUAAUGAAGUUUAAUUAAGUUAAGGAACUUGUAGUAGUAUCAUGUUUUCAUCCAGUUUGCCUUGUGCAUAAUAAUUCAAACAAUCAUGUAACCAGUUACUGUAUGCCAUAUGUGGUUUUCUUGCAUUACAAGUAUCAGACUUGCAGAAAAUUCAGUCUCAAUUAAAUUCAGGCCUUGCAUUUAAUUGUUCUGUCAACUAAACACCCACAUCCUACCAAAUUAGUCAAAGGAUGUGAUUAACUUCUCCUGUUUAGAGUAAAGCAGCUGUAAAAACAGUGGUUGUUAUGGAACCUCGUUUGCAUUAAUUGUGAUUGUACACUGAUAAGAUCACUGCAGUUUUCCACUGGUUCAUGACCCUUGAAACGAUCUCUCCCUGGUCUAUUGCUAAUUGGUGAGAGCAGAAGCCUUGACAAUUGUGAAGUGUGCAAUUAUUGCUCAAAUUGGAUAUACUGCAGAGCAAUAAUGCAUCUUUUCUGUUGCCAGGAGAAUCUCAAAGGCUCAGGCGGAGUGAUUUGCAGCACUAUAUAGCUUUUUGACUGACAUCAAAUCCUACAAUUGCGAACAAUGCUGUAAUGGCAAUGGAAAUCUUUGCAGAUACAAUUGCUUGCUACCAUUAUGCACCAGGGCCUCUUUGGCUUUUGUGGAGAAGACACAAAAUUGCAGUGCUAUUAUCUAACCGUUCCCCUCCUCCUUUCAUCAUCUCUUCUUGAAUAAAGUUUCCCUGAGAGCGAGAUAAGCACAAGAGUGGAGUUGCAGAGGUUUUUUUUUCUUUUUAGGAUAGAAAAACCUAUGUUGGUUGUCAAGAGGAGUGAUGAGGGAGGCGUGUUUGUCUGUCCUGUCUAUCUAACUGGGAGGAUCGAGAAACGUAUUCAGGCCUGUUCUUGUGCCGGGGAUACGGCAGAGAUUGAAGGGAUUUCCUGUUCAGUAUGUCGCCUACACAGUCACCUCCUCCUACCUUCUCGGCUGUCGUUUACCUUCAUACUUGACCCCAUAGCCUAUCCAAAUCCUCUCCCACUCCUCUUCUCACCAUCCUCAGUCUCUUUCCCUCCCACACCGUCGCUAUUUUCUCCAUCCAUCCCCCCCCAUCGUCAUCCUUCUGUCUGCUUUCCUGACUCUUCAACUCUCCUGCUGUUUUUCUACUAUUUAGUCCCUUGAUUUCGCUUGCCUGUUUCCUCCCUGCAAUCACUCCUCCUCCUUCUCCUCAUUCCUUCUCCUUUGCUGUUUUGAGUUCUUAUAUCCACUCCCAGAGGGGGAAGUAUGGGUCUGGUGAACAUGGAGAGCCCGGAACAAAUCAGUCUAUCGAUCUGUCCAUGUAUCCCUCGCUCUGCCCCUCUGAUCGUCAGCAGAAAACAAAGUGUUUAUUAAGCGAAACCUUCCCAAUCUCUUUUUCUACCCUCUGUGCUUCACUAUCACCCCCCUCUCUAGGUAAUGGAGAGCCUGUUUCUGGGACCUGUCCGCCCAGCUGAGACUUGUCGUGUCAUCCAAUUACAUUUCUUUAGCAAAGUCCCACCUGUCAGGGUUCCUAACUUCUGCAUUUCUUCUUCCUUCUCCCUCACCCUGUCCACCUCUGCUGCCAAUUUAAAGUUGGCCUGGACUGUUCCCAGAGAGCGAGCACACAGGCAGCUCUUAUUUAUGACGAUGCACUGCAGCAAAGCAGAGCCAAAAGGAGAGGAGUGACGUGGAGUGGAGUGUUUAUCAGUCAUCUGCAGUCUAUAGGGCUUAAAUUGGGCCUGAAUUUCGUACGGAACGAUUGCAUUAUGGUCUCCUCUGAAAGGCCUGAAUUUGAUUGAAAUGGAAAGCAGUUCCUUCUUGCUCUGAAAAUACAUCACUGCUGAUUAGAUUAUGGAGAACUGCAAGGAGGGUGGCGGGUUGAGAAUUCAGAGCAGUGGCAGAUAUGCGGGUAAAAUGUAAGCAAAAUGUACCGUGCUAACCGCUGAGUGGGAAGAGAAAGGAAAUAGAGGGGAGGGAUGAGUAAUGGUGGUAGCGGGAGAGAAACUGACUGCAAACAAAAGAAAUUCCUGGAUCUCUUGAUCUCUCCCAGUCUGGUUGCAGUAACCUCAUAUUGAUACGGUAUUAGCUGAAGUCAGAGGUUCAGCUUGCCUUUACUCUGACAGACAGACAGAAUAGAUCCAUGCCAUUCCCAGCCGCAGGGCUCCCCAGCCUUACAUAAUCAAUCAGCCGUUAAUGGAGUAAGUGGCUGUGGAAGGAUAUUAAAUGUUAAUUGCUGUAAGGUAUUGAUAACACCCAUUGAUCCUCUAGAUAAUUGCAAUCAGUGAAAACAAAGAUACAUUAUAUGAGAGUGAGCUCCUUUACCAGAAGCUCUGGCGAAACAAUGAUUAAUGGAUUUAUGGAUGAGAUGUGCUUUUGUUGUGCACAUCUCUCAGCUCAGCAUUCACAUGGGGACAAUUAAUAACAUCUCAGACUCUCCAGCAUUCACCUGCAGAGAGGAGCUGUCUGGUAUCAUUUCUAAUAUAGAUCAACAAUUUUUUGAUCAAUUAGUCUUUGUGAUUCAUUUCAUACUGAUUGACUUACAUUAUUUAACUAUUCGUCUUUAACUUUAAAACAGAUUCUCUCUUGCUUGUUAUAUUUGGACUCCUGAAAGAGCGUCUUAGUAUAGAGUAAACAAAUCCUAUUUUUCACGCAGACACACACUGAAUUCAUGCAGACCACAGUGGAGUCAUAAGCAGCAAAUUGUUUUUGUGCCUCCAGUCUGAAUUUGUUAACACUUUUGGUGUUCCCUUUACAGGCGGGCAAAGAUUUUCAAGAAUUUCUGAAUCUCUGAAAACAUUAAAUAUAUACUCCUUGUAUAAAAAGAAUCACACAGUGACAAGAUGAUAGGAGAAACACAUCAUGUAAAUAUUUAAGCCAUCUAUGGGGUGUAGGAGUUCUCUAAACCAGUUUCCCCACCAUUAAAAGGGGGGAAGAUGAAAAAGAAGCAGACGUGGUAGAUAGCUAGCUGUAGCAACCCUCCAAAAAAGCAGUUUGACACUUAAAUCGGAGGUUCAAAGAUUUAUUGUGGAUCUAAAAACACUGUACAAACUUGUGCCUCUUUGAAAAGCUCUUUUUUUUCUUUUCUUUCACAUCUAUAACUUGCACUCAAUUGGAAGAAUAAUAGUUUGUUUCAGAAUAAUGCAUUUUUUUGAAUACAGAACAUUUAUUAACCUGAACUUAAAGUUUAUAAAAUACCCUGAAAUUCAUAUUGAUGCUUUUUCAUAAUGAAAGCAAGUGAGAUAAUCAGUGACAGGUUCCAGGAUUUUUGUAUUCUAAUUUUUACCGCCCAAAGGUGCAGGGCGUAGGUGUCAUCCUGGCAGCUAAAGACGCAGUCCUGCUUCUACAUAACGUGUUCACAAUUAAUGGUACAUUUGACUGUCAAAACUCAGCAAGAGGACAUUUUUGGUCAAUAGUCCCUGUUUAAGCGAAACAAAGACUGCUUUGUCCACAAGGAGGUGCUAAAACUGAUACAAACUGAAAACUCCUUACAGGUGCUUUAGUACUGUGAAAUGUCAAAAUGAAAGCAUCUCAAACAAUUACGUUACCGGACAGUCCAUUUUCUGAAGAAGUUUCCAUUACAGGUCACAGGGUAAAUGAAAUAUAACUUUGAAUGUAAUUUGAUUAUCUGACUUUUGUCUUCAUGAUAAAGACGUUAAUAUAACAGCCCUGUGUGGUAUCAUAUCAGCUACAUACAGAGUAGAGCUCUACUGAAAGAUAGCAGAGACAUGCUUUAUUUUCAAUGACAGGCAUCAUAAGGAACUGACAAAUGACACAAUGGUUGUUUUUUUUUCUCAGAUUGAACUUUUCUAACCUUCAAAUAUUCCAGUUUCAGAAGCCUCUUUCCUACAUGCACUCUUCAUAGAUCCAAAAAAAGAGCUGUGAAAGACAUGCGAACAAACAACUUUUGAAAAAUUUCAGUGCAAAGCUCCCGAACAUUUCUGGCCUCAGAAAUCUGUCCCUCACAGCGUGAACUUCUCCCUGUCAGAGGCAUGAGGGAGGAAAUGAGCGAGACAUGACAUCUAAAGUACUCUGUGAAAGCCAGAGUGUGAUGUUUACAACAUGAUUGCAGACAGAGAAAGGCUAGGAUGGCAGUUUUGCAUGUAUUUUUAUGCUACUUGUAAAUGUCUGUAAAUGUGGACAUCCCUGCUCUUGUCUCCUUUAGCUUUGCAUGUCUCUAGUCAUACUGUUGCGUGUUGCUCCUCUUCCAGGUUUGCACUCUUCAGAUAAAAUAAACAUGAUCCCUGGCAUGCUCAUGUUGAAUUCUCCUGAAUAUUUCCAACUCUCUUUGACCUCAUGCAAAUAUUUUGCUCAGCUGGAAAAAUCAUGGAUUAAGUUGAGGAAAUAAGUUGGCUAAUUGUGUUGACACAUGCAGCCCAUUUAGGAAAGUUCUGGGAAGUUUUAUGAAGUCCUGUGCAUGUGUGAAUACAGCUCAAACCUUUUCAUAGUCUGUCUAUUUCUCGCCCUGCUCUCUUUCCUCUUUAUUUCAUCACAUUAUAUCCCCUCCUCAUUUUCUCCUGCACUGUCUUUGUUCCCCACUGCUGUCUGCUGUGUGUUUGCUGGGAAAACUUGAUGCCCAUAAAUGACUUGCAGGGUGCAGAAGACGGCAGCAGCAUCAGUCAGCUCAUUAUAGAUUAACCCCUCAGCGGAGUGUGUGGUCGAUCAGAGAGCAAAACAACAAUCUACAACCCCCAGUCAGAGGGGAAGAGUCAGGACUCUUGUGUUUGUACGAGGUGUGUAUGUGUGUGUGUGUGUGUGUGUGCGCGCAAAUGCGUUUGUAUGUAGCCUCUUUGUGUGUUUGAUGAGGUAGACUUAGACUGAGGUGGAUAGAGACUUGUGGCUACUCCCGUGCCACCUGAGAGGAUUUGGCAGGCCCUGGUGAGGCGUCACGUCAGAAUGCCUGUUGAAUAAUGCAUGGCCUCUGUGCAGUUGGGCUCUCUAAUACCACAUGACUCUGAGACACCCCUCCUAAGAUCAAUAACACUUAGAAGCUGCUUUAUAAUGAAGGAGACUCUAAAAUUCCAUCAUCAGGCAAUUAGUUGAACUCUGCCUCCUAUUCCUCGCCCUUCCUCUCCCAGAUCUUUCUGGCCUCGGCACAAUAUGGGGCACAUCGUUUGUUACGAGAGAGAAACGGGGAGACAGGUUUGCCUUUGAUGGAGCGUUUCUCAGGCUUUGAUGAGGGUAUUUGUCAAAGCAGUUUGCUGUUUUUUGACACUAGAAUACAGGAGUUGGAGUUGAAUUUCUCCUCAGAUGUAUGAAAGAGAAGAAGAGAGGGAGAUACGUGAAGCAAGUGUGGAGAAAGAAAGAAAGAAAGAAAGAAAGAAAGAAAGAAAGAAAGAAAGAAAGAAAGAAAGAAAGAGAGAGAGCACCCUCUUUUUUGAUAUUUUCCUCUCUUUUCUCUAAAGCCUAAGAAACAUGUAUUUGCAACCUGCUGCAGACUUUAGCUACAUAUCAAUACAUCACAUUUGGAUAAUAAUGGAAAUUCUAAUAGGAGUCAGAUACAUGACGCAUGGUUCGGGGUAUGUAUUAGCCAUGCAUACUCUCCAUUAUGUGAGCAAUACCUUCCCUCUUUGCAAUAUGCCAUGCGGUCUCUGUGAAUGCAUAUAUAAUGACUGAAUGAGCUCUGCAGACAGGAGCCCUCUCCGCUCUACUCCACAGGGAGGUCAAAGGUCAGGAAGUGAUAAUGCAGUGUAAAUGUACUGGCUUGGGAAUUGGAGUUCAUUAGAGGUCCAUUAUAGUCUUUGAGUGACAUCACUCUCUGGUGAAGCAGGAAGAGAGUACGAGACGGGAUUUAGGGUUAAUGGACUCAUGAUGGAUGAUCUGGGGUCAUCGGUAUGUUGUGAUAAAAACGUGACAUUUUAAACAGAAGAAAAUGAAACAGUUUUAACUCCUUAAAAGUUUAUAUCAGGGCAUAAUUACAGAACAAAAGAAACUUUAAGGCAAAUCCUGCAUGCUGCAUGGCUUGCAAGAGAGUCCAAACCCCCUUUUUAGCCCCCUUCUCACCCUAUCUUCUAUUCAGUUUUAUAAUCUGCUGCUGUGUUCUGAAGCUACCAAAUGUAUUAGGCAAGAGGAGGAAGAAUUAGAAGAGAUAACCAGUGUGAACGGCGAAUCUGCUUAAUUUGGACCAGAGCCAACAUCUCAUUAUUCAUCCUCUUCACUGUUUAUUGGUGAGAUGUGGAGGGAGAGGUGGAUUGGGAGCAGUCAGGGAGUCAAGGAGUCAUCCAGGGCUGCGUGGUUCUACAGGGGGAUCUUUUUUGCCCGCUCCCUGGGUCCUGGAGGUCAAUCUGAGCCGCGGCCCUCUCUGUCAGUGUGGAAUAAUAGAAUAAUGGCAUAAUUAACUGGCAAGAAGAUUUUGCCCCGGGGACGUGCUCUGCUGCUCCAUUAGAAGGAGCUGAAGCCGUGGUCCGGCCUGUAAUUAGGUCUCCAUGGGUUCUAAUUGUCCUGCAGUUUUUGAGUUUAAAUGGUAGUGGUGUGGCAGGAUGAAGGAAGUAGAAAAGUGUUCAUGCACAGAUUCACUGGAGGUGUCUCCUUUGUGUCCCUAACCAAUUAAGGCCAAAUGUUUUGUACAGAUAUGAUGGAUUUGGGCUCACAGUCCAAAUAUGACUAACCUUUAUGUUUCUCUGGAGAGGGAUUACAAUGACUCAUCGUUUCAUCCAUUUGUUUGGUGCCAGAAAAAAUUAUGGUCAAGAUUUUUAAAUUGGAACAAAAAUAGAGCCAUUAUUAUCAACUUUUUGUCUGAGAUAGUGCCAUACUUUCUGUCUGUUUCAUCAUGAAUUUAAUGUUGUGGGAAUUGGGAAUUCGAUAACAGAGAAGAGAUUCUGAAUAAGUUUUUCCUCCAUCCAGGGUGUACUAUGUAACAAAAAAAAGUCCUAUGUGGUCUCAUGUCUUUGGACCAACAACAGGUCACGCUUAUCCAACAUUUGGCAUGUUCAGUGCCUCUGAUAGGUUUGUCAUCUGGUCGGUAUAAAGUCACAUCACAUAUUGGAUUGUGUAAUAUUGCUUUUGUAUUUUACGACUGAUAUUAAAUGUAUUUAGUUUUUACCAAUCUCACUUAAAUGCUCCUGUGAGAUUAGAGAUUUGCAUUUUAGGACUGCUAAACAAUUAAAAGUCCUCACCUUGCUAAAAAGCACCAGGAAUACUAAUCAGUCUGACCACUAAUUGGUGUAUUUGUUAAUGUAGGCUAAAAUGAUGGUAUUGUGUUGUGUCUAAGGCUGGGCCUUACCACUAGAAAGCCAAUUCAGACCAUCCUAAUUUGUUAUAGACCCAGAGUUAUUAUGAUUUUCAUCUUUAAUACCUGUGGUGUUGUAGACAGGUUUGUUCGAUUGAAAAAGAGGAGCCUAAUGUGUGAUAUAAACACAAAGACUACCACUGGUACUGCAUGUCUCUGGCUCAGAAUGAGAGCUGAGGCGAUUGCCUCUGUGAUUACUUUGCAGAGUUGAACAGUUGUACUACUCUGAUAGGAUUAUCUGUUCAGUGUUGAAGUGCCUGUUCAGCCAUAACACAGAUAAACCUGCAACUCAAUUAGCUCUUCCCCAUUUUAUUGCAAAGUUACACUGGAUCCUGAUCUACACAUUUACCAGCCAACAAACACAACACCUUUGUCUUUUACGCAGGACUGUUUUUGCUCUAAAUUAUCAGUUAGCAACUCGUAAAAAAGAGAUAAGCUGCAUGGAUUUUGGUGUUAUGAAGAUGUUCUGUUUGCAUGUUUCAGACUUUGAUACUAAAACAGUCCACGUGAACAGAUGUUCAGCAGCUCCCCUGCAGCUUGUCACUUUUCCAUCCUCCUCCACCUCAUGUGGACACCCUGUACACUUCUUGCUGUGUCAUGCUCUUAACACGACAGAAGAUUAUGUGUCUGUAUUGACUCUCUGAUGUUUUAACAAUGCCUUUGCCAACUAGCGGUGGCUUCUCCACCUCUCACACAGCUCUAACUGAUCGUCCAUUGAAAGGGAUAGCGGCACAUAUUGGUUUUUCAUACAGCUGCUUGUACUGAGCUCCACUGGAUACACAGAACUGCUCCGCUUCAUCCCUGCUUCUGAUUUAUUUGAAUUUUCAUCACCUCAAUUGAUCGAGACCCUUUACUCAAGGGACAAAGAUGCAGACUAAAUGACUAUUGACUGCCAAAUGUUUGAAAAAUGCAUUUGUCAGACCACCAGUGCUAUUGAUGAGGGUGUAUUAAAAAAUGUAUCUGCAGGAUCAAUGAGGAGGAAGGAGAAAGUCUAUAGCAAUAGACUACCAGCAAGUGUCUGCUCUAUUAUUUGUGCUCUGUAGCUCUGAGUACAUUCCUCUUUUUUUCUCUCUGUCUGUCUUUUGUCUCCUAGCACUUUGUGCUAACCACUGCUGGCGCAUUGCAGUAAACUAGGGGAGGUAGAGUAGUGGGGUUUGAGUGUGUGUGUGUGUGUGUGAGUGUGAGUGUGAGUGUGUGAGGAGUUGCAGCAGAAGCAUCGACAAGCAUCCGUGAGUUUACUGUCUCCAUAAAUCCCGCUUACCCGCUGCACAUGCGCUCACAUGCAUACAUGCACACGCUUCACAUCAAGACACACUGACCUUUUCUUACUGAUUUUUCUUUUUCUCUCAGUGCAAAACAGCAAGGGUGAAUCACAGUGGAUUAUAAAUGUCACAUUUCUUCCUCACAGGUGGAAUUUGGGAUACGAGGAUGUUAGCACGGCUAUUUUAAUGAAGACUGGCAAACUUCUCCUUAAAUUUACCUCUUGAUGAAGCAGAAAGUAGUGUUUAAAACAUGAAUUCACACAUUAUUUGAAUAAGUUUGUACACAUGUCUUAUAUAUGUUGCACUCUGAAUACUUUGUGUGAAUUAGCAAUUUCCUGUUUUAUCACACAUUGCUUAAAUCUGCAUGAUAUAAACCAAAGUCUUAAUAUAUUUACACAGCGGCUCAGAACGGGAGUCUAAAUCCUCCCAUCCCCCCCUCAACCUUGUGCCAUAUCUUCAUUUUGGGAAUAUUUGAAUUUGCAAAUCUUGUUUGACUUGUGGACCAAUCAGAAUUACAGUCAUCCGUGCAGAAAUGUUAGCUGUCUCAGAGCUAGCCGUACAGUUUGAUGGUUGUGUUUGCUGUGGGAUUUUAACAUCCUCAUUUCAUGACUGGCUGGACUUUAUAGAGGAGAUGAUGAAAGGUGCCACAGUCUACAACAUCUCAUAUAUCACAUCCUCUUCACACACACACACACACACACACACACACACACACACACACACACACACACACACACACACACACACACACACACACACACACACACACACACACACACACACACACACACGCUUGCUCGGCCUCUGUCCAUCUCUCCCUCUUUGUCUCUAUUUUAUCUCUCUCUCUAUGAGCUGGCAUACCAUCCAACUAAUGCCCCAUCAAGAUCAUUAGAGAGUGAUGGACAGCUUUUGAUGUAUACCAUCAUUUACUGGCAGAGUGUGUGUAUGUUCAUGGACUGAAGUGAGUCCCAGCUCUGCAAAGGUGCAGACUGACCUUUGACAUCUGAAAGCAGAAAACACAGGAGGCUGGGAUGAUGAUGGGCCUGGAUUAAAGGAAGUAAUAUCACAAGGGGUUUGAUUAUGUUUGGCCUUUAUUGCCAUAGAGGAAAAAGAUGGAAAGGGGAGUGUUUGGGGGAUUUGCUUGCAAUGCUUUGAAGCAAUGAUAGCAGUGUUUAUAAAUGAAAAAUCCUGUAGAUAGUAAAAACUUUAAAAGGAUAUGAGGAAAACAAUUUAGAUUGGAUGUUGGCAUUCUCGAUAAGUGCCUGCUUUAACAACUCUUAUGCAAAGGUGUUGGCAUCAAAAAUAGGUUUGCCUUAUGGGCUGCUGUUUGAAUCUUUGUUGGCUCUAAUGAUGAAAUGUCAGAGGGUUUCAGGUGUGAAAUCCAGGUCAAAGGGACUUCUGAGAGUUAAUUAAAGCACAAUGAGAGGACUUGAACCUGGAAUUGCUUAUCUCAAGGGUGAGUAGGUGAAUGAUCUGCAGCUCUGAGGUCAAGAUGCAUCACCUUCUCACAGAGAACAGUUUGUGUGCACAUACUUUGAGUCCAUGCUUAUGUGCAUGUAGCUGUUUGUGACACUCAGUCAGCAAACCAAACUUGUCUCAGUGAUGAAUGGCAUUGUAAACAUUGACGCGGUCCAAAACAGCCCCCCGGAGACCGUCCAUGUUUGUGUGAGAUCAGCAGAAAACGCUCUUAUCAUGCUUAUUAUGGUCUGUCCCCACAGUGUGGGGAUGCUAUGUGCUUUGCAUCCUAAUGUCCUAAUCUAUUCUUCAUUAAAGCUUAACGCUGCGGUUAACGUGCCCUCUGAUAGCAUCACACUGUGCCCUCGCAGCAGCAUACACCGAGCCUGCGUGCCACUGAUAAAGUUUCAAAAUGCAAUAGAGAUGGCUGAAAUAUGGCGCAGAGAAUGCCACCCCCUGGAUGCCGGCAGAGCUCCAUAGAUACAGGAUCUCAUUAGUAAGACUGAAGAAUUAAUUUUUAAGAAAGAGGGAUCUUGGUGUUUCUUACGUCUCCAUUAUUCAGACAGGAUGCCGAGGUUUGGAAGGCCCUGUCAUGAGGUGCCAUGUGUUCCCUGGCGGAUGGUGCCAUCUGGCCCACUUUACUGCACACUGCUAAGGCCACCAGGAAGGCUCAAGCAGCUGAUGUUUAACUGGCACCGACUUGAACCCUAAACCAAGCGAGCGAAGUGUGUGUGGGCAGGAGCACUCCCACACCUACAGUCUGUUAAGUUGUACUGCCUCACUGUGACAGAUGUGGCAGUGUUAGUGCCAGAAUUUACGAGAAAAUACAAGACUACAAGGGACGGAUUCAGGAACAGAAUGCCAACACCGAGUCUCAAGUCUGCUGUAAAAAUAAAUAAAUAAGACGGGGACAUUUAAUUGGAAAUGUUCAUCAAUUUGUCACCCGUAUCAGGUGAAAGAGGCUUUGGAAAAAAAAAGUAGGAACACAAAGAGGAAUUUGAUGUAAAUCUCAGAGAGAAUGAAUAAUGGAUUAUGGAGUGGAGGAAGAAAGAUAAUGGAAGAAAAAUGGAGAGAAAAAAGAGACAGAUGAUUGACAAUGACGAGAAAGAUAAUAGGGAGAGUGAUCAAAAUUCAGCAGGCUCUCCACUGCAUUCAGGCAACAAGCCCAUUAUGCACAAACCCAUGAAGCUGAUAGCCUACAGGCCCUGAAGUAUCUCUAUCUGCACAAAAACACCUCCAGGAGCUGGGUGGCCAUUUUAAGUUGGAAUUGGAGAUGAGUUUUUCCAUUUAUUAUUAUUUAUCAUUUAAUAUGCUCUCUGUAUCCUCCUUUAUUUGCAAAUUCCCUCGGCUUAGAAUAUGCUGCUGUCAGGCUGAAGCAAGGCUGAUCUCGUCUUUCUGUUUUCUGAAAAUGAGCUGCUUCUCUUCUGCUUUCUGUUCCUCAAACAGUCAGAGAGGUGACAUCAUGUAUAAUUGAUGUCACCUCCAAGAUAACACGCUGCUACUGCCUGACACGCAGAUACUUUUCUUGGAAACAGUUAUGUUCAAGUCUUGGAAGAAAAUAGAGGAUGUGAAUAACGUAAUGCCGCUGAACUUCAAAUUGAAGAAAACUUACGAGUUAAUUUAAAAGAGGUCAAAGGAAGCAAGUUAAUCAAUUAAUGUACGAACAAACUUGAAGUUUCUUGUUCUUUAUGUUGAGGUCAGAAACCAGGACAACUGUAGGUGUUUUAGAUUCAUUAGCUUUUGUUUUUCAAUCAUGUAGUACGUUUCAAAAUAAAAAAAAAUCAUGUUUCUUUCUUUCUUUCUUUCUUUUUAACUCAUAGCCUUUAAAUAAAAAAGUAACAUAAGCAGUAGAACAGUCUUCAACAAUAGUCCAAUUAGUUCAAUCCAAUCAUUACUUUAUCAUUUCUUUGAAGUAAUCACAAUAUUUAUUAUUUUGCACUGCAGACGCGGUAGUUCUUCUGCUUUAGCAUCUCGGUCUGAUUGCAUUUUUAUGAAGUAAUGAUCAUAAAUGUUCUUCCUUGAGCUGCGUCACCCCGAUGCACUUGGUGAUGGACUCGUCCGAGCUCUCCCUACAAACAAGCGGCUGCUGGAAGAGAGUAGGUAAGUUGUGUUUAGUCUCUUUGCUAAAGAAACCAGGCAAAGUUAAAAAGAUGUUUGAUAGUACUGAUAGUAUAAUGGCUGGGACCCUAUAUGUACUGUUGAUGAAGUUAGGUGCUGUUCUGAGCAUUAUUUGUGGCUAUGUGGUUGAGGUCUGUGCGUGGAUCCAUAGACUGCUGUGUAUUGCUAUUGUGCGGUCGUUACUAAAGUUGGUAUGACUAGAGAAGCAAGCAGUCACAUUUAUCUCUUGAGGGGAUGUCUAACUCGGUGUUACGGUGUGUUUGACCCUGACUUAAUUUACGCCGCAAUAUCCCUUUAAACUCAAUUUCUUUGUUGUCAUGGAUACUUACCUGAUUUGACAUUGUUUUUGUCAGUUUGUGUAACUUAAUACUGCAUGUGUGUUUGAGCAGCUCAGUUUGACGUGCUUUGCUCAACUGCAUGUUGAUAAAACCGAGUGUCGGUGGAUCUCGUGGUCUGAUCAUGUUUUCUCCAUAUCCAACCAUCAGCUGAGGGAAGGAUCUAUCAUGUUGUCAUUUUUCCAUUCAGCCAUACUAUCACAGAUUAAUGUAAGCAAACGUGCGACACCUCCUCAGUUGAUGUGUUUCAGUGUAUCAGGCUCCGUAAUACAAACUGGUGGCCUGUGAUUGAAGCUCUCCCUCACUACCAGUCAGCCUGUUGUGAUGCUCUUUAAUCCAUUUUCACACAGGGAAAAAUAUAAACAGAGAGAGAAAAUGAAUCAUACAUUUGUUGUUUAGCAUGCUGUACAUUAUUAAUGACAUGCCAAUGCAUUUAAAUCUGCCAAACCUGUGAAUCAGACCAGCUUAUGUACAAAAGAUUACAUAAAGAAGCAUAAAUCUGAGCUCAGUGAGAUAGGUAAGAGGUUAUUAAGUCAACAAGGUGACUAAGACACACCAUUGGAUAGAAAAUAGGAUUUUAGACUACAGGUUAGCAGGAAAAGUCAUUCAUUUUUACUGAAGUAAACCAAUUAACACUGCAGAGCACAAACUAAGCGUUUGCUUUCUUGCGUUUAGACUGCAGCACACAUAACACCUGUUGCCGCCUGGUUAAUCAUCAUCAUUUUGCGAGCUAUUUCCCUGGCCCCGUUCCCAACCUCAUACCUAAUAUUACAUUUAAUGUUUGCAUACGGUAUAAUGAUGGAACACCGAGCAUGAUUGAAGUAAGUAGAGUCAACAAUUUAGUAGCACUUCUCACAAAACUCUUUAUCACUGAAUGAAGGAGCUGCGAACCCCCAUUUUAUGUUCAAUUACCUCCCCUCUAAGUGGCUGUUAUGACUUACUGAAGAGCACCUGUGGAUUUCCUUCUCCAAGCUUUGAGCUGUUGAGUCUCGACUCCACGUUUGUCUUCUGGUAUUGUUAAAAAAAUUGGAUCAGUCACUGAAGAAGAAAAGAAAAAGACUUUUUGAAGCCCUGGUGUAAAGAGCAAACAUUCUUAUUGAACAGCUGUUUUUCUCACGUCUCUAAAAACCUCAGACCUGUCACAUUAGAGAUGUAAAUACUGCAAUGUAUGUGCUGGGAUGGAGUAAUUCACACCAACGCAGCACUCAGGUGUGUUAUGUUCGUAGGGUGCAUCUCAAAAUGGCUUAGGGCUCUUUGCUCUUCAGAGUUGAUUUCACAGUUGUUUAAUUUGUGUCACAACACACUGAGAAAACCUUGAGGUAGUGUGGCUCAUGCACUCACCUCUCAGCUUGGAAAAAAAUCCCAUCAUCCAAUUCUGAACCGCCUCAAUCUUCUCAACAUUGUGAAGAACUCGGAGGUCCCACUCUUGUUUUGUGUCUGAGACGUGAUAAAUCACAGAUAGUCAUUCUCUAGAUUUAUGACCCGCUGUCUCAUGCAUGCGGCACUAUGGAGUUGGAACAACUCGCACAAUCUAAUAUCCUACACUUUAAUGAUGAAUAAUGUCACACCACACAUGCACACACACACACACGCACACACACACACACACACACACACACACACACAAAGGUAUCAAAGCCGUGGAAUAAUAAACUCACUCUGAAACCCAUCGUUGGGAAAAUGGCAUUUCUAAAGGAGGCGGUGGGCGAUAAGAUUUGAGGUGGAGAGUGGGCUGAUCUGAGCUAUUUUCUGCUGCACUUUCAAUUUGAGAUGGAGAUUUGGAUGGCGGUGGCCCUGCGUAGACAGGUAAUCUGGUACAGCCAUUAGUGCCUGCUAAGUGGUCAGGUCUCAGUGUCACACCUUGUCCAUCAGUCUCUAUUUGUCGAAACACAGACUGCCCAUUUCACAGGGUGCUCCCCCUCCCCGCUCCAAAGCAGGUAACCACAAGCUGAUAGUCUGGCAGAAGUGCUGACAACCCGAAUGGACAACACGGUCAAUGUCGUGUAAAUGGAUGAACUGACCUGCCGCAUCAACCACCACCGCUAACAACCCCCAGUCCUGUGGGACGUCACCCCCCUCCUUCAACCCCUCCUUCCAACCACUCCACCACUCUGAUAAGGGGCUUCAGCCUGAGAGGGGCCCCUGACUGUAAAGAGGUAAUUCAUGCAAACAGGGACAUGUUCAUUGAAAAGGGGGGACACUUGAGGACUUAAAUGCUGCCACCAGAUAGGAAAGAGGGGUGUCUGUAGGCUCAGGGGGGGGAGUUCCUCAAUUGCACGCACUAAACAACCCUCCUGGAACCUCCCUCGCUAAUCAACGUCUGCACGGAAAAAGAACUACACACCAUGGCCAUGACGAUCUUCCACAAGAAGACCAUCUUUCUGUGGUCACUUUGACUAUCUUUGUUUUCCUAGAUUUUAAAUAAGGGUUCAACCAGGGUUACCGUUUUCCAAGGGAUAGAUCAAAAUUGUGUCUGACCUCCAAACCAUAAACAGAAACAAGGUCCGAUUGGAUCUUUUUCAAAAUGGUUCCACAUUUUCACACAAGGUCAGAUAGGAUUAUAUGUCUGCUAAAUAUAUCUGAAUUUUAUUCUUUGAGGAAAAGAGUCUAACCCUUUUUACAGUUCUCUUGUUUUGUUCCCUUUUCUCCUUUUCUUGUUCUAGUUCCCUUUACCGCUGUUGUUGUUUUUGUUCCGUUCCAUCCGGAUCUUUUACCUUUUUUUUUUGUUUUGUUUUAUUUCCUAUAAUCUUGUUUUUGUUCCCCUUUCAUCUUACUGCUCCCUAUCAUCUUGUGUUGUUCCCCUCUCCUUUUUUGGUUCCCCGGUAACUUGCGUUGUCCUUUUUAUCUUUUCACUUGUUUCAUUUUCUCUUGUUCCUGUUUUAGUUCCCUUACUUCUUGUUCUUGCUCCUUUCAAUCUUCUUCUUUUCUCUUAUUAUUAUUGUUCCUACUGUCCUUAUUUUUGUUUCCGUUCCCUUGUUCUCAUUUAAGUUUCCUUUACUCUUCUUGUAAUUGUUUCCUAGUUUCAAGCUGUUGUUCCCUUGCAUCUUGUUCUUGUUCCUGUCAUUCUUUUUCUUAUUCCCUUUCCUUUUGUUCAUGUUUUUGUUCCCUUCACUCUUGUUCUUGCUCCUUUUCGUCUGUUGUUCUUGUUCUCAGUUUUUGUUCUCCUUGUUUUUGUUCCUGUGUUUCAACUUCUCCUUGUGUCUAGUCUUCUCGUUUUUGUUCUUAUUCUUGUCCUUCUUGUCUGUUUUUGUUCUUGUUCUUCUCUAGCUCUUGUUUUUCUUUUCCUCCUCUUCUUAUCACACACCAGAGCCUGAUGUUAGGUUUGUUUGUUCAGUCUAAUUUUCUCACCUACUGUAAACCAGCCAUUUAACACCUUUUUCAGUGAUUAUCUAACAUUUCAAAAAGGUUAAAAGAUUACAAGUGCUCUUAAAACUGGAUUAGUAGAUACGUGACUGUAGGCGCUGACUUUUGUAGAGGAGCAGAUUUGAAUUUGAGGGUUUUUAAAAUCUUGUUUAGCAGUAGACUGUUUUUGAGACAUGAAAACUCUUAAGUAUCUAAAAAUAUAAAGCCAGUGGAAAUGAUUUGUGAUAGAAGAGAAUGAGGGAGCGGUAGAAAUGAGCUCAACUUUCAUCAAGCUGGGAGUAACCUUUAAAGGCCAGAGUAAAGGAGGGUAAAAAAUCAAAUAUCCGAAUAAAACUCAUUGACUCGGUGCUCCUUUGUGUUUAAAUGGUACUUGAAUGGAAGCUUUCAUUUGGUCAAGGGGCAGCACGAUAAAUCAGCUGCCAGGAGUGUAUUAGUUUCUUGUUAAACAACCAUAAUAACCCAACCAUUUUAGAGACAAUUGACAAGAAAAGUUGACCUUGUCUGGAAGUUGUUUCAUCACAUGGCCAUCAAACUGCGCCUCCAGAUUUUGGGACUUCUGUUUCUCUGUGUGACAUAAUAAAAACAAAAAAACAGUGUUCAUUUUCCCACAAAUAUUCACAAUACAACCAUUUAAAGCGUUCUCAUUUCUUCAGAGUUUUUCAUUUAAAGAAAAUUUAAAUGUAUCUUGGGAACCUCAGGGCGCAUUCACACCACCCUCGUUUAGUCCGGUUGAACCGAACCCUGGAGCGUUUAUCCCCUUGGUGCGGUUUAUUUGGUUCGGUGUAAACGCUGACCUUGAACUCUGGUGCGGACCAAAUAAACGAACUCUGGUCCGCCUGAAGAGGUGGUCUUGCAUCGCUAUCAAGUGAACUCUGGAGUGGUUCAUUUCUGGUGUGAACGUCAUCCACACCAAUCACAGGAAACGCACCACGCAUCAUGGUAGGCUCUCAUUAAUGUCUGUCGCUGCUCGUCUUUAUCCGUCUGUUGUUUGCAGCCCGUCUACUCCGGAAUGAAUUAAUUAAUGCCGCAGUUUGAGCUCACUGGCUAAAGAGCCGUUCAUACGCGCGAUUGACUUGCAUGUUUUGAUACAUGCUCCAGAUGAGUAGCAAAAGCAAAAUCAGCCUACGAUGCUCCAUGACAGGCGAAGACAGCAGAGCGGGGUUUGUAUUCCUGCAUAAACUAAUGACCAACAACAGAACGAUAUUCGAGGUCACGUGACUUCCGGUUCCGUUUUCUGGAGCGAUUGAGUUUGUCCUUUGUGAACGCAAACCGGACCAGUUAAACAAUCAAAACAGAUGUAUUGUCUUGCCUUGGAUUCCAAUCAGGAAAUGGACCUUUAGGUGUGACCACGACCUCAGUUUCAUUACAAGUUGAAGAUGUGUGUAAAAUUCAUCUUAAUGGUUUGUUCACUGUUUAGGUCUCAGUUCUGAUCUUUCAGAUUCUUAUAUUGUGAACAAUUUUGGUGGACAGACAGUUUCAGCCCUGUGGCCUCCAGCCUCUUAACACUGAAUAAUAUUUUGUUUGAUUGUCACACAUUGACUCACUUCAAAGCGUCAUAUAAGGGGCCGCGGUGUAUCUACUUGUCUGACUGCACUUGUGGAGUGAGAUGAAAUACAAAUGUUAAAAGGUGCUUUGCUGGUGGAGAAUAAGGGAAGUGACGGCAAUCACACCCUUGAUGAAACAAUUAUCCUGCUCUCAGUCUGCUGCCACAGCUGACAGUCUGAGGCUGUGAUGGCAGCCCUGCGCCCCCCCUUGCUCCCCUCUUUCACCUCCUUCAUUUCUCUCCUGUCCUCUCCAAAUCCCCUCCCUCAUUUUUUGUCUUCUCUUCCACCUAGCCAUCACUGUAAUUAGUGCCUCUGUCAUUUGCUCUGACACGGGUGUGCACGUGUCGGUCCGUGCAUGUGUGUGUAAAAGACCGUGCAUGUGUUUGUGAUGGGAGAUAAAGCGUAGCAGCAAUAGGUCGACUUCCAGAGCGAUCGAUUCUCAAUUGCCGUAGAAGCGCUUUUCUCCUGUUUUUUUGCCAAUUCAACACAUGAUUAAAGCCGGCGGGGCAAUUACCAUUCAUCUGGAAGGAGACAGGAAGAACAGGCCCUCAAAGAAAUGUGAGAAUCAAUCCAUUAUGAGCAGCUCCCCGCCUCCUCACCCUCUCUCUCUCUCCAUUCCUCCCUUACAGCUCUGUGGCUUCUUUCCAUCCCUCUCUUUCCUUUCCUUUCUUGUCUCUUUCUUUUCUUCUGUCUCCUCUGUUAUCCCUCAUCUCCUCACUACGUUUUUCUUCCUUCUAAUUUAUAUCUUUCUGUUCCUCUCUCCGUCACUUUGCUUUCUCAUUUUGUUCUGUCUGUACUCUCUUUAUCCCUGGUCACCAUUAUUACCUCUUUCAGUUUCAUUCACUUUUUUUCCUCUAAUAUUACAGCAUGGCCACCACAAUAUCUGCAGCACUUUAUCUGCCUUUCUUUUAUCAGCCUUUUAUCCACCUAAAGAGACUAUUGAUCGGUGAUAUGACAUCUCUGUAAAGGAACAGUUUCAUCUGGAGUAACGCUCUUCAAACUGAGAGAGAGACAAUGCUCUGUGUCUGGAAGAGAGCAUGCCAUGUUUGAUUGAAACCUUUGCUUGAUGAUCUGAUCGACAGUCAAUGUCUUUCAAUAAUUAGUCAAAAUAAACCUGCAUCUGUCAUUAGUAUGACAUGAAUACUUUGAUGAGAUUUGAUUGUAAACGGGAAAACAGGUUGUGUGGAGAGCAAAAGUGGUAAAAUCCAAUUUUGCUGUAAUGCUUCCCUGGCACCAUAUGGCGGUUAUCUCAUGAUGAUUAAGCUAUAAGCAUUGCAUCAAGAAUCCCUUAUUGGAUUUUUUUUUCCCCCAUGAAAUUGGCACCAGUGUCGGUUUUGCUUUUCAAGACUAUGGGGCAAAAGCAGCACACCCAAACAAGAGCUACUUAGAAGUCCCUGAGUGUAAAACUAUAAGUAAGGGUUUCCUAAGAAUGCUGCACUAUGCUAUUUACAUCAUAAGUACCUGGCUAUGGACACAGUGGAGCUCUGGAAGUGCAUGUGCAGUGAGAAGUUGGACCUAUACUUGGAUCACAGCUGUUACAGGCGACCUCACCGGCUAAGUUGCUCUUUGAGGUGUCUUUUUACACAAACUUUAAGUGUAAAAAGUUAAUAGGCUUUGAGACUUUGAGAUUUCAAAUGGCUGUUCGGAAACAGUCUGGGUGUUUGGAUUGUGCAGCUCUACACACACGUAGUCAGACCUCUGUUUGUGCAUACUCAGUCUGAACUUUAUCUCUGGAGUUUCAGCUGUUUGCUGGUAAUCUUGUAUAUAGUGUCUUUUGUCUUACCUGCAUGGAAUUUGUUCGUCGUGGCAUUUUCACAAACUUGAAUAGUUAGUGAGCUUAAUUUUCUGUUAUAAAUUGCAAAGUCAAGAAUUAUUCCUUCCAUAUGAAUCAGGUAUCUUUUGUAAAUGCGUCUAUGCGGUCAAUUCUUCAUUUAUGAAUACAUGAAUCUGUUUUUGGACCACUUUUUCACUGUAGGAUUUGGUUUUGCAUCCAGCAGAGAGUUAUUUUAUUCAGUUUGGAUUUUUUUUUUUUUUUUUAAUAAAGUCAGUUAACAUGAAAUGAUAUAGGAUUCAAAAGGAAAACACAGAAACAAAUCAUAUUAAUACCAUUAGAGAGAGAAACAUUUAAGCCCUUAGGAUAGUCAUGGCAUUUUGUGACAGAUUAAACUAUAACAUUUUUAAACCCCUAUACCUCACCCGUGUAAGAAUUAAAUGCACCAACAGCAUUAAAACGGUAAAAAGAAAAUCACUCGUCCAGAACUCAUUGUAGAUGUUUAGUUUCAUUACAGCUUCUUGCUCUGAUAGAGAAGCGGGGUGUAAUGUUGGAAAUGAGGAUGUGUACACUCUUUGUAAUUGCUUUUUUAAGUGGGACAGUCCCAGGUCUGGUUCAUUCUGACAGAGAGCCUAGGUCUCAGGUCAUUAAACCUGGGAAAUAAUGUGGGUGAAUUCAUUAAGGCCUGAUGAUUGUUGACGGCACGCCUGGGUUGAGAAUGGCCGGAGAUAAGGAAAGGUCUUGGUAAUUGGAGUUCUUUGGACACCAAGGCCUCACCUGCAGUUGGAAAAAAUAGGAUAUAAAAUUAUCUGCAGCUGACACACGUGCAGGUGCUGCUUUAUACACAUCUAGAGUUCAAUACAUACAAACUUCAAAAAGCUGAAAUGUAAACACACACACACAAAUUUCAAUUGAGCUUGAGGAAAUUACGUUACCAGUGCAACGGCCCUACAAAUCAGCUCAUUUAUGAUAAUAUAAAAAAUCCAAUUUGCUCUCGUUCCUCAUGAGGAGUGAUAAGCAGCACUUGAAAUGUGCGUGAGUACAUCUCCACUUUUGAUAGAAAGGUGACAGCUGGGCACAAUCCAGGGCCCAAGAACUCUUUACUCCAGAAUCACACAGCCGAGUCCUUCUUCAUCAAAACUGAGAGGUGUGGACUCUCUUCUCCGACGCCACAGGAAUGCGUGACUGAUUGAAGUUGAUUUCCCCUCCUAGUGCUUUGCAUUGCAGCAGAAUGGCGAAACACGCAAAGACGGUCGAGUAGGCAGACGUGGUCGGGCAGAUAAGCAGCGACUCAACCCCCACCCUCCAGCACUGGGUGACAUUGUGUCUACAAAGACUGUAGAACUGUGAUUAUACUGAAACUCUUGUUUAGACGUGUGAGUGGUCAGCUGCGAAAAGAGUUUAUAUCUAAUUUGAACUUCUAUGAGCAGAUUUUGUAGAGAAACAGACAUCAGAUCCUUGUCUGCCAUCAUGACAGAGACUAUUUCUAGAUAAUGAGAUCCACCAGCCUCAUCCCUCUACCACCCACACGCUCACACAUCCACUCGGUAGGAUAUUACUCAAUCUCGAUGAGUUAAUUAAGCCGUAAUUGCAAAGUCACCCCACCCCCUUAACCAUGAAUGUUGCACCAAAUAUAAUAUUUUCAUUAUUGCAGCACUUCAUCAGGGACAGGAUUGAAGCCACCCUGGUGGGUUUCAAAUGACCUCUUCCUGGGAUAAUGUUUUAUAUUUCAUAUCCCUCUCAAAAUUACUUUUUUUUUCAUUUACACAACAGAGUGCAGAUUGUUUCUCAGAAACUUUUAUGUUUACAUUUUGUUUAAUAUAUUUGAAAUAAUUGCCAUAAAGACACAAAAAACAGUGAAAUUACAGCCAAUCAGAAUAAUUUGGUUUUAUUUUUUUGGCUCAUUUUCUGGCUCAGUUCUGAUAUAUUGGCGUGAUUCCAUGCAUGCUUUUUAUUGGUAGUUUCUAUUUGCAGUAAUUUAAGAAAAUUCUGUUUUCUUUAGCUAUUUCAGAAGUUAACUUUUGCUGUUGGGGUACACUUCAUCUCAAAAUUCUUUUCAUCAGCUUGUGUAGGGAAUUUAUCACCAAUAAAAUAAUAUAAACUGUUUUUUUAUUUAAUAGAGUAUUUAUCAGAUUUAAUAUAACUGUAUGAGCCUUUCAUAACAUCAUAGCUAACAUUUAUUUUCGCUUAAAGGCUCCCCUAUGUGCACUCACUGGAAUGUAAUUAAAGAAAAAUGGGAUUAUUAGCAUUUAUCACGGUUAAAAAGCCCCUUAAAGGGUCUUACAAGUGGCUUGUUCACUAUUGAUCAAUGCUUAUUAGUAUUAUUGCUCAUUAAGUGUGACCAAAAUCUGUCUCGUGUAAAUGUAAGCAAAUAGAAAACUUGAGCAUUACUUAUGUUUGCGACCUAAGUAGAGGUUUGCAGAGUCUGCAUGUAAAUUGUGUCAAAUUCACUGACAGUGACUAACAUUAGCAGAGCUAUCACCACCUCCUUUGAGGCCAUCAUCCUCAUGCCUGUGCUGGUUAUGCACUGCUCUAAUCAAGGGGUUAUUUAUAUGCCAAUUAAACCUGCCAAUGUCAAUAUACAAGUGUAUCUCCACUUUCCAGAUCUGCCUGUGCUAGCUAAAACACAACAUAAUGAAGGAGUCUAAUAAUAAAGAUUUUAAUGAUUUGGUAAAUGGACUAGUAUUUUUGGUGUUAUCUAGCAAUGGUGACAAAUCCUUUAGUUAACUUAACAAGUGCGCUCUGAGCUUCUAGUACACACAAAGGAAGAGAAAUACCCGCUUAAGAAUAAGACAUGAAAAAAGAUAAUGUUUGAAGACGAGGACACUCAUAAGACACCAUUACCAUCUUCUAUUAUCCAGUGUCUCUUUAAUUUCCCUCAAAAUGCUAUUCCAUAACACUCUGCAUGCCUAAUGUUAGCCCGGAAUGAUACCUUUUGUCCGUCAACAGAAUUACAAAUAAGCACAUAGCGCCAUAAAACAGCACAUUGCCUCCAUGCCCUGAGGCCAGAUAGCAAUGAAAUUGAUUGAUAAUCAGCGAAUAGGAUCACAGCAAAUAUGAUCCCUGGAUAUUAACGGGGCUGUAGUAGCAACACAUUUUCUUUUCAUUAGAGUCCAGAGUGCCCUCCAAUCUAAUGAAUUGCUAAGAGUUAAGAGUGCUUUUUAGGUGGCAGACCUUGGUUGGUUAUUAAUCAUAUAAAUGGCACACUACCAAUUAAGCCCCACAGUGCUGGGCAUUAAAGCUUUUAAAUGGCCCCAGAUUACCCCGGACCACUCCACUAAGACCCUUUUAAUUACCACCCUUACCAGGAGAAGGCCUUAGUCAAUGAAUAUAUCAAUGUGUGGAUAAAUUCAUAGAGCGCGAUUCUUGUGUAUAAUUGCCAUGAUUGACUUUUGGGGGAGGGUAAUUCCUGAUAAAAUAGAGAUUGUGUGUGUGGGGGAGUGAAAAUAUGAAAUUGUGUGUGUGCAGGAACUUCUACACUGGAGACUAUGCAGAUGAGACAGGAAGGUCAAGAGAGAAGUUUAGACUUUUCCGCCACAUUAUAAUUGGCAUCAACAGAAUUAGAAGAAGGAUUGUGUCAAAUGAAUUCAUAAAAAGCUCAGUGGAGUUUAACCACCAAGAGAUACUAAUCACUUUGUGUGUAUAUCUCAUUAGACCAGGCAGAAGUGCAGCUAACCACAGUCCAGAGAAAAAUGAUAUUCACGCUAAGUAAAAGCAUUUGUCAAUUAUGUUAUCUAGUCUUUCAUCCAAUAAUGUUCGGAUUCUUUCUUAUUGUGCUUCUCCAGUGCUUGUUGUAAUUCUGACGAUGACUUGACGUCCCUUCUCAUGGAGCUCGAGAUAUGUCAUUAAUUAAAGAGAAGAAAAAGACCCUGACAAGGAAAUUGAAUUAAUUAUAUGUUCAAGAUCUUGGAGAGUAGCAAAAUGUAGGGAAUUUCUCUAGAGUAUAAAGAUACAGCCAGUUAUCAUAAGUAAGAAAUUAAAUUCAACACGAGGAGCUGCUAUAAAACCACAUGAUGUAUUUUCAUGAAAUAGCAAUGGAGACCGUGGGGGAAAUUAAAACAAUUCAGGAAAUGUACUGCUGAAAUUUGGAGGAAGACUUUAGUGAGAUUAAAUCUUUUCAUUUGGGGAAAAAUGACCGUCUCUCCCCUAGACACACAUGCUGAUUCAACCUAGCAUAAAUUAUUUCAUUUGGUUUUAGGGCAUGAUGAAACAUACUUGGAGCAUAAAAAGACAAGGGCUGCUGUAAUCCCUGUACAGUCAGUGUUUGUACCAGUGGCAUUACAGACAGAGUCAGGGUCAACAGCUCACCUGGAGAAAUAGGCACCUGGGUCGGCUGUAGAACUUUGAGGAUUUCUGUCCAAGCAGAGGUUGAAUAACUGAAUAUUUUUUUUGUUUUUAGUCCUUGACACAACCUUGAUAGUACCAGUCAUUGUUUAAAACUUUUCUAUCUCCGCUCUGCAGUGUUUGUAUUUAGCUAAUGCUUAUAGGAGCUAAAGCUGAUGUCCCUCAGCGAUGUACCAAACAUGACCAUUAUGGCACUGGUAUUAGCCCACAACAGUGAAAAAUAAAACGAUGGGUAAUGUAGAUUCAUGUUUCAAAGCUCCUGAGAAAAACUCUCAGUUCCAGUCAAUUUUAGCGCCUCCUGUGGACAAAGUAGUCUUUCCCGAUCUUGUACUUUACAUGCUUACAAUGUGUCUUAGAACCCCCAAAAAUCUCUCCCACUGGUUUCAAGCAUUAAAAAUAAGUGUAUGAAAAUGGCCAGUCUUGUUGAUGGUGGUCUUGUUUACAUUUUCAUCGCAUGAAAAAUCAUCAAUAGGAUUUUUUACAGUUUAGUUCCUAAAACACCAAAAACUCCUCAUAGGAGCUUUAAAGAAAGCAAAUGAUACACAUCACAAGAGUGAACCAGCAUCAGUUAUGUAUACAGAAACUUGACAUAGUUAUCAAGUGACAAUAAUGACUUAUCAUCCUUUUUUUGUAUAGUAACACACCUGAACCUACAGUUAUGCCUCAGUCAGACAAAAUCUGGCACACAAAGCCUGUUUACAAGGCUGUAUCUCAUGCAGAGAGUUUGUUUUGUUAUGCUGUCAAAGUUCCUCUUCUCUGCCUGUUGCAGUAAACCAUGUAAUGCUGUUAGUCAGCUUAAGCAUUUCAACACAGUGAGGAUGCUUUGAGUUCCUCUCAUUCUCCCUGAGCCUCACGUUUUCAAGGCUUUUAAAGCAGCUUACGUCUCACAGCCAGCUGUGGUCUCUUCAUAUUAUUAGCUGAUAAAUUGUAGCAUCACAAAUAUGUAUAUAUUUCUAUUAAUUUGUACAAAGUAUUGGUAUUGAUGAGCCAUUUCAAAGCACAUUGACUAAUUGCCAUCUUCAGCUCAAUCAGCUUUGUGUUUCAGCAUUAGGCUUUGUUGUGCAACCAACAAGAAAUGCUCUGUUGUCUGUUUUUUCUUUUCACUGCUCUGUCAUAAACACACUCGCAGACAUGAACACAGACAAACACAGUAUGAACACAAGCAUGGAAAGACACACCUUACAAAAUACACAUCAAGCAGCUGUCUAUCUAUCAGACUGAACAGCUGGAACAAACAUGUAAAAACCAGUGCUCUAAGAGGUUGCAAUCAAAUUCUAAGCACAGCCAACACAACUGAGGAGGGGAGCUGAUGAACAGAUGGAAAGUCAGGCGGUUGAAGAUGUGCUGCUUGUUAUGAGCCAUACUCUAGGCUUCCCAGUUUUGUUUUAUGAUGUGGGAUUAAUCACGAUAGAAAUUGGUAUUAAAGUUUUGAAUCCAGAGAUCUCAUCCUUUAGUUGGACAAACCACACAAACACACUUUAACUCUAUUAUAAGUUAACAUAGUUAGCAAAGUAGCCAUAGGUUCCUAUUAUGGGCUGAGAGUGACCCCAAUUGUUAAAGCACAAUGUAUAUUAACUGCUUUAAGUGGAAGAAGUGUGAAUAUCAGAGCUGAGGGAUAAAUACAUCUAAAGAGCUUUUAAAAAUCUAAAUCUAAAUGUUCUCUUCUGAUUUAUCCACUACUGUAGUCUUCUCAGGCUUUGGAUGUAAAAAAGCAACUUAAACAAUACACAAGCAAACCCGAGUUAUACCUGAAAUGCUGCAAUAGAGGUGAUAUAAUUAUAAUCAGUAAUGAUGAUUAAAAACCUGAAGUUGUAACCUUAAAAUUUAAAUUGAUUUAAAAUGUAUAAACAUAGGUGCUCCCUGUCUUUACAGACUCUUCUUGCAGAAUAUUUCUGUAUGCUGAUUUUGACAGUCAAAUUUAUAAUUUAUUGUGAUUAUUUUAAGUGUAAAAUGUAAAAAAGAGGCAUUAAAAAUGACAGUAUAAAAGUUGUCUGUCUUGUCACUGAUGGUCUUUUUUACUUUUGUAUCUCAUAAAAAAAUUAUUCAAAUUUCAGUCCAUUUCAUUAAUGUAAAAAAACCUCCUCAAAGUAGCUUUAAUAAUGUCAAAUUAUGGAACCAGUGAUAAUCAUUUUAAUGACUUCUUUUACUGACUUGCAAUUUUCUAACGACUUGUGAGGGUCAUUUAAUUGAUAAGUUAAGUAAAGGCUCACAUCCCUAGUUUGGGGUAUUUGGAGGAACUAUAUACCAGCAAAUAAAUCAUUUAAACACUGUUUUCUAUAACUAUUAAAACGACAACAAAAACUACAGUGCAGCCUAAGCCAGUUGUAUUGUGUCAAUUAAAUCCUCUAUUGUUUUAAACCAAUCAUUUUUACAUGUAAUAGAGGGGUACUUUGAAUCCUCUGGAACCAGAUGAGGUACCAGGGAGGAAAACUGUUGUCUGAGCACCUGUUUGUUGAAGCGCUUGAAUGAACGUAUAAUCAGUCAUUGCUGCUGGCUAUCAGGGUUUUGUUGUGAGUUGCUAAAUGACCCACUACAGUUGUGGGACACAAAAGCCACAAACUUUCACACAAUAACCCACGCUGACUUACAAAUACAGCUUACAUGUGCAGUCGUGUACAUUCGCCAAGUGACCAAUUGUGUGAUUGAAUGGACACUGGCCAGUAAUUACAGACAAGGACAAUAUGUCUGCCGCCCUCUGGUCCUCAGUCCCCCUCCAUCCAUCCCCAAAGCCACUGACCCGUUGCCUUCCAUGUAAUGACCACUGAGUGGGUCAUUCUGUCUUAUUGACACAGCCAUACACAGCCUGGACAUUAUGGCGUGUCAGUCCUGGGAUCACAGGUCCAACAGUAAUGACUGCUGUUGUGGAUCACGGUUCCAGUUAAUGACCUCUGCUACGGGGUGAAGAAAGUGUCUGCGUUGCUGCCGGUGACGCUCCGUCCAUCCGUCUGUCAGCAGAACUCUGGAGGUCACGGCCUAUUCUGGGAGAGCCACUGACAUUAACAGUGCCCGCAGUUAUGAAUGCAUUCAUUCAUUCAUCCAUACAUGGAGAAAAUUAGACACACACCACCCCAGCUGUGGGCCCCAGGUCCAUUAGAGUGACAUGGAUGUUGACCCUCCCCUACUCACUCCCUCCAGCAAUCCCACAUAUUGAGGGGCUGGAUCACAGAGCCACAGCUCAAUGAUUUUCCAGGCGACAGAUGGAGGAGACACAUGGAGUGGUUGGUCUGCCUUCCAUCACCACACACAUAGACACACUCAACCUCAGAGAAGGAUUGUAUGUAUUAUGUAUGUCCUCUUAUUUACAAGUGCAAGACAAUUACUCUGGAUUCAUGAGUGUAGAAAGCAUCUAUAAAGAUAAAGCUGGGAUGAUUUUUGUUUAAGGGCCUCUGUCCACUGAGGAAUAUUUGACGUGACUUAAAAGAUUGUCCUCCAUUGAAGACACAAAUGCAUGUGCAGGAUAGGAGUAUCAAAAGAUAAAGACAUGUAGCUUGUCUAAAGGGUUGUCCAAAAUCAGAUCAAAAUAAGGUUCAUUAUAUUGAGUUACAUUUUUGAAGUGUCUACCUCUGGGCAAAGGGAGGCCCAGUAGCUCCCACCUAAACUUUAGAAACUGAAUGCCAACACAUUUUUCUCACCAGAGACUCAGCUCAGUUUUCCUUGCUUCCAGUUUCAGUCAGUAUUUAAUCAUUAUACAAGCUCUACAUCACGGGAAUUACUCGGAACAUUAUAUAAACUUUGGCAAACCCCAAAAGCAAAAGUAUUGAUGGAUGCAUAGGACCGAAGAAAAGUGGGAAAACACAAUCUCUGUUUUUAUUAGCCCAGAUGUUAUUGAGAAAGGCUUGGAGGGGGUCUGUUUGUUUUUCAGCAUCAGAGGUUUAUGACAUGUGGAGGCAUGUUAAAUAUAAUGAAUAUAACAUGCAAGGGUAUUUCUGUAUAAUACAUUUCACUGGAUUGAGUGGCUUCAAUCCCCCAAAGGGUUUGAUUAAAAAUAUACUUUGGUUCUCAGAAACAAGGUUACCAUUUAAAGGUAGCAUCUCUGAAAAUGCCUGCAUUGGUCCAGUGGGAGCAGAAUUUUGAUGAGACAGGAGAAAAAGCAUAAUCUCCUCAAUUUCAUUGUUUUCCCAUUUCUGCAUUAUUUCCACGAAACACGUGUGACUGGAGGCUCUGCUUAGAGAUUCAAUGUGACGGAUGUAAUUCUGUGUAAGCUCCCCCGGGCGCUGAAUAGGUGUUAGUAACUUGACUGACUUUACCCUGAAUGCCGAAGGCCCUGAUGGGAUCUGUGCCACCCAUGUACCUCAUAAUCUCUGUGGAACAACACUGUCCCCAAGCACAGAGUCUCUACCUGGCCACAGAAAAGGGUGUGCGUGUGUCUGAUAAAUUUUUGCAUUGCUGUCUGACGGUCCACCUGAGUGUCGGUCUUCUGUUUUUCUGCCUGGUUUGCAUGAUUGAAUUCUGUCUAAGUCACUGUAUUUACUCGAUUCCUGUCUCUUAUAAAGAGUGGGUUGGUCAGUGUUUACAAGUCAAUCGCCAUGGCAACAAAAGCAGCAUAUAUGCAUCCCCACACCCAAUUAUCUCCCUUCCUCGGGCGUAUUGGACUCGCAGCACUUCUUCCUGUCCCCAAACAUCUUUAUUCAAUUCAACACUUGCACAAACUUGCAUACUUUUACACAGUCACACAUUGACAACAUUUGAAGAGGAAAUCACAGCAAGGGAACCAAGUUUGUCCCAAAAGUUGUUUGAAAGCACGAGUAGGGAAGGACAAAUUACUGAAGUCAAUGUGAAGUUAAGAAGUUUUUCACUCUUUCGGUGAUUGCAAAUAUUAAAAAAUGGUUACGUGAGAAAUGAGAGCAGUGGGGAAUAACAGGAGGCUAGAAGUGGCACAAUAGAUUGCGUGCCAAGAGAAAAAGUAAUGAGUGUAAUUCACAGAGUCAGAUGAAUGAAACUGAAUGAAUUUUUUAGGAAUAGAUUCUUGAAUUAUGGAUGAAUCCAACUCUAAAGUUACAGCAGAGUUAUGCUUUCGAAAUUGAUUCAUUAUAUUCUUAUGAAAGAAAUGUUUCAGAAAAUACUAAUAACUGAGCUGAACUUUACCAACCAAAGUGAACACUUUCGCAACUUAAGCAACAACAGUUUCUUUUUUUUUCCCCCCAGGAAACACAGAGGGCGAUGAGGUUGAUAUUUGGGUGUUGGAUGAUGAUACAGGUGGUGGUUUAGGUCACUGCUUCGAUGUGGUUCAGGCCAGGGUGCUGGUUCCGCUUGAGAAGGAGCUCCUCUCUCCUGGCUCGAAAACUGGACCCCAUGGAUCAUCAGUGUUGGUCUUCAAGUCUGCAGCUGUGCAGAUUAAAAAGACUUGGUUGCUGCUUAGAGAGUGUGCCAAUAUGGGAAGGUUUUCUUUUAAUGUAUCAGAAACUUUUUGCAUGGCUAAGAUCUCUGCUUUGGUAGAGGGCUGGAGGCUGAGCAGAUUUACUCCUCGUUGGACUGAAAGUGUUUCUAAAAUAGAGUAACAUUGACAAAACACAGCAUGAUUUUUUUUCAGGGAUGGAAAAAUGUGUUUUUCAUCCAAGUUUUUCCACAUUUGAAGGUCUUUUUAUUCGAUUUUUCACAAUUCGGGCUCUUAAAAAAAAAUCUUUUCUCUCCGAAAAACCAAUGUUCGUUCUCUCCUGUUGCUAAGUCUUACACAGGUUCAAUUACUCCUAAGAAGAAAAGAAGAAGGUUACAUCUGGUGUUUUAACUCAGAAGUUUUGUUGUGGAGGUGAAUUUGAAGUAGCAAGGUCAGCUGGAGAAGGAGGCAUUUAGGUGGAGGAAAGCAGAAAGGCUCAGCAGGCAAUUAUAACAAGAUUAAGGGGAGAUUUGCGAUGUGAGAGAUAUUGUACCUGCAUGCUUAUGCACACAGGCAGACCAAUUUUGGCCUCUCCCACUCACACCUACACACUGUCAGAAGAAGCUCUGUAAUUGAGUUUGGCAUAUAAAGAGGCAGAGCCCACUGAUUGUCUUAACACCACAGAAGCCUGUUAAACAAUUGCAAACAUAGACACUCUGACAGUAGUUACAGGUAAAAAGUCUGUACUUCUGUUUCAUAACACAGCUGUUUACAUUAUUUCUUUAAAAACACUUUACUCUGCCUUCUUCCUCUGCUCACAUUCGGCCAUUUUAAAGGUCUUUAAUAUAGCACAAAGCAGGGGGAAAUAGCGAGAGACAGGGCGAGACCAUAGCUUAUAUGGCACUGUUCUCGAACCAAGACAUGUCUCAAAUCAAACUCCAGCUCUUGAACCAAAGUCAAGUAACAAGUCUCAGAAAAUGAUGUGUUUUCAAUGCAGCUCUGUCGUAUUUGAUCAAGUUAAAGUGAUGCUGAUUCCAGUCAUCCAGAUCAGACACAUGCAUCCUCUCCACACUUUGACCUUUUCCACCCACAGUCCAUCCGUCAGCACCCAUCUCCUCCAUCGUCCACCGCUGAAGCGUUGUGUGCACAGCUUGCUAACAUUUGCAUUGAAGAAUGGCUACAUUAGGCCAUAUCUCCUACCUCACCAGCCAUUAGUCAAUUAAAGGGUUAAUGACAUGUCACAGAAGAAGGUUCAGUCAGCACGCACGACUUCCAGACGACCAACCUUUAAUCUCCCCCACUUAAAUAUGCAUGAGCCCUCCCAAUGGGGCUUUAAUGGCCCUUAGUUCCUCCCUCCUUCUAAACCCACACCCCCACCCUCCUGUCUGACAAAUGAGAUACUACACCUUGAGUUACCAAGACAACACUUUGCUCAAGGUUCUGUGAAAUAGACCGUUGAGGGAGGUACUUGUCAAAAAUGUGUCUUGGCUGCUGUCAGCAAGCCUCUCCUGACCUCAUAUCCAUAAUGACGGUGGCGAGUGGGCCCCUGUGACGCGGAUAUGUAAAUAUCACCCUGACUCCUCGAACUGUAUAUAUUAUGAGAGGUUUUGUGUACAGAGGCAUAUUCUGAUCAUAUAUUUGAAUAAAAAGCUUCUAUAUACAGCCUAGAGUUUGUAAAUGUACAGUAUUUGGUUUUAAACUUUUAUUCAGUUUGAAAAAUGUCCCUACCACCCUGAGAUUACUCAGAAAAUCAUCAAAAGCUCAAUUUUUCAGUUUUUAACAACACUUAAAUGCAGCAUGCUCUUGUGGAUCCAUGUGGAGCCUAGUAUUAAAGUCCCAGUUAGGAGUUUUUAACUGGUUGUGAAAUUAAUUUAGAGUAUCAGCAAGAUUUUUAUGAUCUACAAUGGUAAACAAGACCAUCAAAAAAACCUUACAAUUAUUAUAUUGAAGAAUUUAAUAUCUGUAACUGCUGCAAAGGGGUAAAAGUUUAAUUGAAUCACUGCGACCUUGGUGAGUACCCAAGUUCAACUCCUAAAGUGAGGGCACAAGAUAAAGAAAAAUGUUGGCUCUAAAGAAGUGACCUUCCCUCGUUUGCAGAUUUCCAGGAAGAAUAAUUUGUUUUUUAAUUACAACACUACUCUUUCACAGAUUGAAGGACGGGUGUUUUUAUUUCUUGGGUUUAUUAUGGCAUGUUUUUAAAUGUCCCCUAGCCCCUCCCCUCCCCUCAGUGCUCCCUUAAGUCCCCUCUACCCUCUCUCAAGUCCCUCAUGACCCGAGAGUAUAUUGCUGUCUAAAGGCAUUUCCCUGAUUAUUUACAAAUCAAUUGUGAACAUAUGGAAAUCCAGCGAGCGACAGAUGCACAGCCUUUCAGUUAUUGUAAACACGCCAAUAAUAUCAAUGCAGGAAGGCUAAACAGCAGAGGUCGUUUGGAUUGGCUCUAAACAUGUCAAUAAUGUUUAUUUAAGAGACUGAACCGGUCAGUUCAGAGCCACUGUUCCUCCACAGAUCCAUUUCACCGCAUACAUGGAAUCAAUGUGCGAGUGAGCUUAUGUAAUUUGAGAACAAAGUAAAGUGGUUUGCCUUUGCUUUUUUCAAUUUCCACUCUGACCUCACGCUAGAUCCCCCCCCAGUAGAAUUAUAACGGUGAGAGUGGGGGUGAUAACUGUGCGACAGUGUAGGAGACAAGUAUUGUUGCACUUGGGAAAACAAGGUCAUCCACUAACCUUCUGUCUUCAGCCACAAAGCAAAUACUCAGAGGAAAAGACCACCAUUAUCGGCUCCCCAAAGGGGGUAUCAAGUCAAUUCCCAGCAGGCCACAUGUGCAAACACACAUACAAGCAGGCCACAGACGGAUAAGUUAGAGCGCUCCCUCUUUGACACACACACACACACACAGUCUCAGGCAUGUCCACACUCCCCUCCAUCCCUCUGACCUCACCUCAAUUAGAGGGAGACGUCUCUGUUUGGGCUGCUGUUGCCUAAUUAGCAUGGUUCACCACAGAGCAAGUGCUGGCUUAAAUUCAUUUAUCAAAGGGGCCUGGGACAAUGCUUCAUGUCACACCAUUAGGAUUGCAAUCUCUCUCAUCAUCUCUCCAGCUCGUUUCAUGAAGCCAUUUGACAGUUGUGAGUGAGGGAAUGAGGUACGGGGGGAGGGGGGCGAAGGAGCAUUAUGGAGAGGAAGGUAGCAGCAUGUAAAACAGAAUGCAAGUGAGAGGAUACAUGUGGAUACUGAGCGAAAGGGACAAAUCGUGUUAGCAGGAGGGACGAAGAAGAGGAGGUAGAAAUGAGUGGCAGCUUCAUAGAAAGUGGCAGAUGGAGGAAGGGGGGUGAAUAGAUUUUUUGAGAGACAAAUACAUGCGGUAGAAAGACUCAGGGACAUAAAAAAAAAAGGCUCAAGGGUGUUCAAAUCGAGGCCAGUUUGAGCGGGAACGGACAGAGAUGUGUAUAGACAGAAUUCCUCCCUAUCACACCUGCCCCACGAGGAUGCAGCUUAAUAGCUCUUUGUAUACACACACUGCCUAUAGAGGCCACUGCAGCCUUCAACAUGCAUCAAAUAUUCAAAGCAUCUCCCCUUCUUAAGACACACACGAACACUGGCACACACAAACACAUUUUUCUCACAGCCUUUAAGCCAUAAAUGUCAAUAAAGAAAGCAGCGCUGGCACGUCUCGUUCUCUCCCUCUGUCGCCGUCUGUCGCUGCUUUGCCCCCUCCUUCUUUCACUAAAAGGGAAUUGUUUAUCAGAAUUGCUCGAGGAUAUUGUGAAUCAUUUUUCAAAAUGUUAUCAAUUGUUAUUUUGCUCAUGAUGUGCAAAUUGAUGCACGGGGAAAAGAUCUGCGGGGAGGUGGGGGUGGUUGGCAUAAGGGACUCAGGGAGACAACCAUCAGACCAUCAAUCACAGCCAAGUAGCCCACAAUGACAAGUCGAAGGUCUCUGACAUUUUUGACUGACUUGAUUGAUGUGUUUUUGAAGUACAGGGGAGCUGGUGUCAAACUUGCCUCUCUGGAGGAGAGCAGAUACAUCACACAUCUCACUGCAGGACCCUGUUGGGAUCAGGGAUAUACUUGUAAACCGUUUGUGUGGAUCUACCGACCAUGAAAAAAAGAUGUUCUGCUGAACAUCUGCCGUCCAAUCCUCCCCAUGGUCUCAAGUAUGACUUUCAUACUUCUAAAGCACAAAGGGAGCUAUGUCCUUAAGCUGUGUCUGUUGUUAUAAUAGCCAUUAGUGUGUGAUAGCUGAGAUUUUUUCUAGUGAUCUAAGUAGUGAGGUUGAUUUUGAACGCCUCUUUUUCCUGCUGUUUCAGCGUAAUUGUCGGUCAGCUCUUUGUUGCAGAGUCUCCUGUUGUCGCCGUGUGAAGUUUCCCCAGUUGAACCAUAAUGUCAGGCCUUUUCUUUGUAAUGUUGCGCUCUAGCUGUGGCACAGAGACUCUAUUGUGCCUCAGAUGUGACAUUCAAAUCCUUUCAGCGUCUAUACCCCAUUAGUGUUUUCACUGCGCAGACAGAGUCUGAAAGCUAUUCUGCUUUACCUUGAAGGUCAGUUACAACUUCAUAUCUGUAAAACUUUUUUCUUCUUCUUCUCACAAACCUACACUUAAAGGAUAACUCUUCUCUGUUUGUGUUUAUAUUUGUGUUUAUAUGAAAACUUUACAGAAAAAGACAAAGAUCGAGUGUGCUGGAGUUGUAGUAUUACUGCUCAAGGCUUUUGAACAUGUUCAAGUGUUUCACUAAAAGACAGUUCAAGUCAAGUCAAGCGUAUUUUCUGAGUCAUAAUAAAAUCAUGAGAGUUUUGCAAAAGCUGGGAUGUGCUUCUGUGAUUUUGUUUUUUUUCAAAGGUCAUAAAACUCAAUCUGAAAAGCUUUGGGACACUUCACUUCUUAUUCAAAACAAUCUACAACAAGCGUUAUCUCAUGACGCUUAACAAAAACGCUAGUCCAGACCAUUCUAAAGAUAGGUUCAGAUUUAGUAGUGGAGUAUAACAAACUUACUUCAACAGGCAGACACCUCAAGGAGAACUGGACUUGUGUAGGACAGUCAUCUGCUGCUACUGUAUUGUGUUUAGAGAGGAAAUAGAGGAGAGUGAGAUUAAUGGAGGUAGUUGAAGCAGCUAGAAAGCAGGCAGGUCCUCGGCAGCAAAUAACGACGACAUGAUGGAGCUCAGGGUCUGUGGUGUUAGUACCACAGACAGUCUAAACCUAUAGCAGCAUAACUAAGAGCUGGCUCAGGCCUGAACCGGGUCUAACUAUGAGCCAACUUUAGGAAAGUCUUGAGCCCAAGGUAGAGAGGGUGGCUGCUCUGCACCUUGACUGGUCCAUCCACCCUAAAUUUAUAAACCACAGAAAGUUUACCACAGACAACCUGAAACUAAAACAAUGACUGAUCAGAAAACUACAUUUACAUCACCAGCUAUGACAUAACAUAUAGUUAUAUUCUAAAGGUUAAAUAUCUAUGUAAGAUACUGUAAAUGAUGGGAAUAUGAACUACAUGAUUGUGUUAAGAAAGGCCGCAAGUAGAAAGAUUUUUUAAGAGUUUGGUUCUUGAGCUGAGUCACUGCACAUCUUGAGUCAUAAAAUGUCAAAGAGACAAUUCAGUUGAAUCAAUCUGUGACAAGACUGUCUCUAACAGCAAACUCCACGAUUGAUUUUGGGGUCGGUGUUUGUAAAAGAUUUCAUUAUGUCAGACUAAAUACAGUGAGAAAAUCCACAUUUUAAGUGACCGGCCAAAACUUGUCUCAUUACAAACAGGUUAGUCAUGCUUUGCUGAAGGCUUUUAGAUGACAGGGAAAUGUGUAAGCAAGCCAGGCUAUUUUUCCACCAACACACCAAAUUAAGCUGAUUUCAGCAACAACAAGAGCAAUUGUUUUUGGCAGUCCUUCCCGUUGUGUUAUUCCGGUCUUUUUAGGGACUAGAGAUUUAGGGAUGGUUUUUGGAGCUCCACUCACUUUACAAAAUAAUAUUAGGGAAAUGUUAAAUGUUCUUUCAUAAGCAUUUGACAACAAUCUUGGCAUGAAACUGUUAUCUGUCAUUUAAAAUAUCCAGUAAUACUUGAGCAAGAUUUAACUUGAGUCUGGAAAUCGACUUUCUUGUCUAAAAAACGUUAUUUUUUAUUGUAAGAAGCUGAACAUUUGGGACUCACAGGAUAUUCUUGGGUUUAAACAUACCGUACUUUCCAAGGUGGUUCAGUACUUUACCAAAAAAACAAACAAACAGAGAAUUAGAGUUGUCUUCUUGGUAUGAGUGGCGCCAUGUUCUCUCUGCUCCACUCCAGCGUUUCUGUCUGGGUGCUCUGUUUCACACCGUUCCGUCUCUUGGCGUUAAGGGUGGCAAGGCAAGGUGACAUUUUGAAAAGUGCAUUUCCCUCUUUGCUCCGUCAAUCUGUUCUUUCCCCCUUCCAGACAGCCCCCUCCAUCUGCACGCCGCCGCAGCACACACAUUAGCUCCACACAUACACAAACCUUCCCCUCUGUCUACUGACAAUGAUGUCCCUGGUUCCCAACAGGGCUGCGCAUGUUUGGUAGACCAUCCUGCGACCCCUGGACCCCUAGAUGACACUCUGGAUGGCUGCGGUGUGACCCAAGGGCCCAUUACAAGUCAAAGCAAACACCAGAUCUGUCACAUGCACUCCUGUGACGAACUGUCGGACAUAACACCGUCACCUCCCGCUGACAGGCUGUCAACACCUGCGUCAAGAUGAUCGAUUAUCAGAUCGAGUUCCAAAACCUUUCCUCCCGGCUCUCUCCCCUCUUUAUACUGAUUCAAGCCUGGUGCAAUCAUUUAUUCUUCCUCUCAGACAGACAGCAGGUCUGUUUAUCUCCCUGAUGACAAAGUUUUGUUGCACGUUCGGAAGUUAAUUGCUAGGCUCAUUAGCUGUGUGUGUGUUUCUGCCUCGGAGCUGUGGGGGAUUUGAUAUUAUCUUGUUAUGGCGAGAUGUUUUACAGUGUGAAGGGUGAUCUCUCAACCUGAGGCGUAAAAUGGCCCAAGUGUGAUCUGUUCAUUCCCCUCGUUCAUUUUUAAUGGCCUUUGAAGAGAACGCUUGUUUUCCAUCAGCAGCGCCAUUCAGGCAGCGAGGUAAACAGAUGGAUACUGACAGUGAGCAAACGUCUCACAACAAGUGUCUCGCUCGCCAUUUCUCCUCCUUGACAGAAUACAGCGCGCCUUAGCUUCACCCAUUUCUUUUUCCUGUGGGGAGCCAGUCAAAUAAACGGCAGACAGUAUAUGGUAUUCUGCAGCAUUAAAGUAGGAGGGAAAAGCCGUAUGAAGUCGAGAGUUUUCCUUCUGCAGUCACAAAUAACAUCAUCCACUGUAGUUUUUGUAGACGUCAGCUCAGACGGUUCAGGUUUUUAUUGCUGCAGCUGCUUUUAAAAAAAAACAUUUCUAUUUUAAAUGUUCAAUAACUUGAAAAAGACGUCCUUUUUUUUCACGUGACAUUUGCAGGUAGAGACAUUCAGACAUAAUAACGCAGCAACUUUUCAUCCUGUAACGCACUCAUGGAAUAAUCAUCAGUGCAGCUGAACUACAGACAAAUUAAUGUUAUUGUGACUUUAAACAUGUACAUAAACAACCGAUUCAUUAAUCACUUUCUGCCAAUGGCUUUUGAUCAGCAGAGAGAGAUUGUCUUCAAGGACUUGUUGAAGGUUGCUGCGUGCAGAUCUGUGAUUGCUGUGUAAAUCGAUUAUGGCAACAGCUCCCUCCAAGGAUGCUGUCAGGGAGCCAAACAGCUCCGUGCACGGCUUCAAAGCUCGAGACACUGCACACAAACACAAACCAUUUACAUACCUUCACGUGCCGUGUAAUGCACGUUCACUCGUCGUCAUAGAAUCAGCACUCAUGCAACAACUGUUCGAAUGUUAACAUAGUCUCACUGACACCAUUGAUUUCUACGGAGGUGUAAUAAAGCCCAAUGGUGGAGGUCACCAUAUUAGAACUAAUGACUUUAAUUUACUCUCAGCUACACAAAAACGCAGUUGAGAUCCACCUGUCUGCUGCACACCUUAAAUAUACAAUUACGAGAACCCCGUCUCCAAAAGUUGUCACCAAUAAAAGUUCACAUGGGGCUAUUUCAUUAGCUGACACCUCCCCCUUCACCAUAUCGGGCAUCAGAAAUUACAAUAUAAAAAUCUUCAGUCAUGUCGCUGAUGGUCGUGUUUGCUUGUGUUUAUCAUAAAAAAGCAUCAAUAUGAAUUUUGUUCCAUUUUAUUAACAUAAAGAAAUUCCUCACAGGAGCUUUAAAAUAUUAAAAACCAGACAAUCGUUUGUGAAAAAAUGUUUAAUUCAGCCGUGAAUUUGGACAUUUUAAUAUAGGGUUCACAUGUAUAUUUUUUCGUGUGUAUUUUUUGCAUAAAACUCAGCCUUAAGUGGAUUCUUGAAGUACUGCAGUUUUCUUCACUUCCACAUUGGCCUCUAGUGUUAUACUCUGCCUGUUGCUGAUUGUUGCCUUCCUGCUCCAGUGUACUUCAGUGUUCUUAAAUGCUCAAUUGGACUUCUUGCUACACUUUGGUAGCCCAUUAGAAAACAUGGCUUCUUCAGCUACCAUGAGGUGAAAAACCCAAGCAGAGUCAUAAAUCUGUCAUAAAUCUGCAGUAAUUGUUUGAUUUUCAGUGAAUUAAACGACUCCGGUUUAUCAAGGGGUCACUUUAGGUGUCAAAUUUAUAGAAGCCUUUACUUGAUUUUACAGUUUUGAUUUGUUUUUAACCUUUUCUGAACUUUUGUAGUCAGUUUUUGAUGAAGUUGAUUGCAGGACUUCCUCACCAUUUGCUAUAAGCAGCCAUUCUCUGCAAAUAAGGUCUGAGAAACUCAAUGUACUCUGAGUAUAAUGUACCAAACUGAUUUUUUUCUUUAAUCUCUGCUGCUAAAAUGUCUGUUCACUGAAUUAAGAUUUUCUUGAUGAUGGAAUUUAAAUCCUCUUCCUCGUCACAAUGACACAGCAUGGAAAAAACUUCCGGAUGGCUGCUGUUUGUUCUCUUUUUUAAGUAAUUCACUCCCUGUACUUUGUACCUGUUGAUAGCAGUGGGUGCCGGUGUAGAUAGAAAUGUGAUUAUAGCCAUAAAAAAGAGGGAACAUUGACAAAUCAUUGCAACAUCCUGCUGACAGCCUCAGGACCACUCAGACCAAGUGCACUCUGCUGGUGUCCUGUCUGCCGCAGGCUACAUUUGGAGAGAGACAGAUAUGAAGAGGAUGGUGAAGGGGUGAGGGAUGUAGCAGGCGGGGAUUGAGAAGGUAGAAAAUGAGAGGCAGCAUGAAAGAGAGACACAUUUAGAGGGACAACAGGAGGAGUGAGGGACAGAGAGAGAGGAAGAGCAGUGAAGUUAUGUUCAAGCUUCUGAGGAAGGAUUGGGUUGUUUGUGUCAGCUCCUACAGACUGAGGGUUAUCUGUCUCCCCCAGCUGUGCCACCCAGCUGUCACACACACUGCUCUGUCCUGGCAUCCUGGCACACAGCACCUUUAUCUGCAUGUGUGUGUGCACACGCCACGUUUUAGGGUUAUUAACAUGGAAAUCAGCAGGUUAUAUGCAGCACUAUCUAAUGAGACAAUGACUUUAGUUAGCUAGAAACCUCCUGUCUUUCAAUGUUGGUCUGGCCCACAGUGAAUCCUGUACAUGGUAAUAGUUGUCUUUUCAGGCCUGUCAUGGAAUCUCUCUGCAGUCAUUUCCCUGUGGAAACCACGUGUCUCCUCUAGACACUAGACCAAUCUGCAGUCCCCACGCCACUCUCACCGCUUCAGCCCUGCCGGGUAAGAGCCUCAAUUACCCAGAGCAUAUCACCGCAAACAGCCACUUUGCAGCCAACCACCUGUGACUCGCCACUGUGGGAAGCUUUGGCUGCGGCAUGGCUGAGUAGGGGGUGGGGGAGAACAGCCAAAGCCUUGGGCUGGCCAGCCAACCAUUGAUUAAGGGAAUCAGUAUUGAUUAAGGGAGCAGGGGACAUCUGGAAUGGACCAAUUUAUGUCCCCACAUCAAUUAUUCAAAUGGCUGUCGCUGAAUUGGAUUAGAGGACGAUCUUCCUGCCAUCUUUUCUACCCCUCAACAAUCUGUACCCUUUCGGCAAGCUGUCAUCAUGAGCCUCCGACAAGUCUGCCCCUUGAAUGCAAACUUUGUCCACACAUACAGUGCUGGAGUUAGUGGUCCUGCUUUGGUCAGAUUUUCUCUGCUAAAUGAUAUGAAUAUGGAGAAUUCUUGGACAACAGUUUAGCAGCUCCUGAUCACUGGCUAAUGCUGAUGGUUGCUGGUAGGCCCACUCUGUAUUGUCAGAUUUGUUUCUCAGUUUGCCCUUCUGUCUCACUGUUGACAUCUUGAAGGCUUGAAUGCAUCGCAGAAUGGCACAGCCUGCUCACGCCUCAGCCAGAGGGUUAUUCAUAUUCAUAAUGUUGGUGCCGAGGAAGCUGUGAAAUUCUGUGCCGCUUUGUCCACGUAUGGUGAAUUUUUGUAGGUGGGGUUUGUGGGUAUUUGUGUUCAUUUCUGUGUUUUUGUGCCUGGCGGGAACCGUCUUUGUGUAUCAUGCAGCAGUGGGCCCACAGUGAUGGGCCAACACUGAGCUCAGUUAAUGGGCUGCUGUCCAUUGUGGACAGGCUAACAUGGCAGGGAUGGGGAGAGUGACUGAGCCAGGGACAGACGCCCACAGGUGGCUGGGAGUGAUAGAGGGCUGCCCUUUGUCUGGCCCCCCUGAGACAUUCAUGCACACACUGAUGCCUCUGACUAUGAUUGAUGAAUGACUUUUUUUUUACAUAUGAUGAAGGCAGUGUGUGGCAAUGUGCAAGACACUGUCAAAUCUAGUAUUUAUUUCCCAAAACCUAUAAAAUUCACAGACAUGAACCAUCUACAUUACUCAUAUUUCACUCUCUUUACAAUCCUGUAACCAAUAUUACAUUCUAUACUAACAGACUCUCUGAUCCAGUGUUUGGUUUAUGUUUACUAAUUUCUGCUCAAUUUUGACUGUGGAUUAGCAUCUUCUCUGUAUUUAUAUUGAGUUUGAACAGUUAGGAAAUUAGUCACAUCCCUAAUUUUGAUGUUGGAAGAGGCAAAGAAGGAGCUGGUGUUAACACCUCCAACCCACCAAAUUAGGAUAGUUUCUAGAGUGGCGUGUUACGAGAUGCACCCACAAACACAUUCAAGCCAGUGUUGUUUUUGUCAACCAUGACAUUGACGAAAAUAUUUUCGGCAACGUCAUCGUCAACGAAAACAAAACUCCACGUGUGUGUCUGUGUGUUGGAGGAGCACAGCAGGCUGAUGAGAGCUGUUAGAGUGGACUGAAGCUGCUCCUAUAUGUUUACGUCUUCGUCGUGGAAGAAAAGGGAAAUAUUUUCGUCAACGAAACCAACCAGUGUUGUUCUCGUUGACGAAAAUAUUUCCCUUUUAUGACGCUGGCGUUGAUGAAAAUAUUUGACGAAAUAUGACGAAAACAACACUGAUUCAAGCAUGCACACACCCAGCACUGUUCCGCCCUUCCUGCUCCAACACUGCACAUCUCCACCGUCUUAUUUAAAUCCCUCACAUACUACUUCUGUGGUCAUGGCUUGUAGUGUUACAGCUUUAAUGUUUUAAUUUUGGGAUGUACAGUGAUCAUUUUAGUUGUAAAAGGUUGUUACCUAAAGGCCUACAAUGGCUAGUAAGUAAAACCUUAAUGUGAAGUUCUGGGUGGCCAGUCAGUGGCAUAAGUUCCAAAUGUUUUGGUCGUCAAUCUCUUUUUACAGUAUUAUUCUACCUUCAGUUGUUAGUAGCUACUUAGUUUAGGAACUUUGUAGGCAGGACAGAAAGUUCUUGAUGUGGCACAUUAGUUUUAGAGUAGCAUAAUUAGGAUAAAAUUGAGAAAAAAAAAAAACUGAUUGCAACACCCACCUACAGUUUUGCAGGUACUCUUCAUGCUUGCAGAUCAUAUUAGUGGGUCCAAUCAGACAUAUGCAAAAAUAUAUAGCCUUGAGUAGUAAUGGAGCCUAAAUUUACAGCUACAUGGUGUUUUCUAAUAACUAAAACUGGAUGAAGAACAGUGAAGUGUACAUCUGUUGCUCAGCUCUCUGUUCCACAUAUAAGUGGACAAUAAAGUAAUAAUAAAUUCAACAUACUUCUCAACCAGAUAAUCAAUUCACUUUGUUGUCGAGGCUCACACAGCUCUGGUAAUUCGUGUUUCUGUGGGAGCAUAUGGUGCGGGAGCGCGGGGAGCAAAUGUGCAGUUUACGGGGAAUUGCACGGUUGUUAUUGAUUAGAGCUGAAAUGGGGGGAGAAGAUUUGUGGAGCCCAUAAAGGAGUUGAGAACGUGUGUGCGUGUGUGUGUGUGUGUGUGUGUGUGUGUGUCUUUGAGGCAUGGUUGUAAGAUCAAUGGUAAUGUUUAACAUAACAGGAUGUGUCUGGACCCUGUAGGAUGUUGUUGGGGGUGGGAGGAGUCGUGAUUGGAGAGGCGGUUUUAUCGCAUUUAGUCUAACAACCACAGUAGGUUUGAGCGUUUUGAGUCGCUCAUAUAAUAUUCACUUCCCUUGGAGUAAACAGGGACAGAUAUUUUUAAAUAUCUCAGGUCUAAGGAUGGACCCUUGAGAAGAAUGUCCCAGACUUUUUCCCUCACAUCGAUCCAAGCCCAGCAGACUUGUGUGUCUCGUCUCAGCUUGAAGGUUGCUUCAGUGUUUACUCUCUUUGUUCAGAAACCUUUUGACAGACUUGCAUCUUGAUCCUCCAUCUGUAAGGUUUUCUGGGGCUGUACUGUUAGUCUGUCUGAUAUCGUUCCCGCUCUCUCCCCCAGCCGUCACCAGCAACACAAACAUUUACUCAAACAGAGCAGACGGAGGAGGUUCAGCUGAUACCGGUAAUUGCUCCCAUCUGCUUGCAUGAGUCCACCACUGAAAUUAGACCUCCUGACCAUUGUCCAAGCUGUAGUCCUAUCAUCAAUUCAUCCAUCCAUUCGUGCCAUAGGGGGCAGUCAGAACAGCAGCUACAUGAGAAACUGCUCCAAAAAGUGUUUCUGGCAACAUCAUGUUUGAUAAUUCUAGUGAUUUUUUGCAGUAAUUUUCUGCAAAACAAACAAAAAAACACAGAAAAACUGUUUUUGAGAAUGUAAUUGCACAGUAACAAUGGUUGGUUACGCCGCUUUGGAGUUAUCUGGAAAAGAAAACAUGUCGCACUAAGUGGUGAUUGAUGAACUUUUAUAAGCUGCAAGUAUAAAAGAUCUUCAGGAUGUGAGGUUGACUGAAAAGGAAAAACAAGGUAAGAAAAGGUGCACAAGCAACUGAGAUGACUGCAGGCCUGAGAGGAUUGUUUAUUCAAGUUCAGUGUGAAGUUUCCACUGUCUGUGAUGAUGCAGGUUGCUGUGUCAUCUGCUGGAGUUGGUCUACCGUGUCUUAUCAAGUCUAUAGAUGGGAGAUUUUUGUGCACUAACAAACUUCAUGGAGAUCCUGGUUUCCAUUCCCAGCAGGAUUUAGCACCUGCCCACAGCUCCAAAACUACUAAUGAAUAGUUUCCUGGCCUGAACUCCACAAAAAUCUGAGACCCUUGUCUAAAGAAAGAUUUGAGUGUAUAAAUGGACAGACAUUUUUGAUUGAUCUUAUUAGAUAUUUUAACAAUUUUAGAUGCUGGAUUUCUGAUUUUUUUAUGAGCUUUAAGCCAUAAUCAUCAUAAUUAAUACAAAAUAAGUCCUAAAAUAUUGGCUUUAACAUGUCAAAUAUGAUAAAGUAUAAAAAGUGUAACUUGUUUGAUUAAAUAUUUGUGGGAAAAGAUCUUUCUUUAGGUUGUUCUGCUUUAUUAAGAUGCAGCUUUAAGUCUUGGUUAAAAUCCCUUCCUCGGUGGGUGUUACAGAUCCAUCACACUCUGCACCAUUAGCUAUCCAAGCUAUUACUAAACUUAAAGUGUUUUUACACCGGGAGAAAACUGAUCUGUGUGUGCAAAGCUGUUUCUUUUUUUUUUUUUUGAAACAUUACUCCCCUGUCUGCGCCUGUUACUCAAACAUGUCGUUCUUUGUUAGAGGACUUUGCCACAGGAGCUUACGGUGUGAUAUUCAUCUUCUGAAUGGCCCUGCUGACAGUAAAUCUAAUAGUCUCUUGUCUCAAAGAUAAGUCUUUUAAGCGAAGGUGGCCUGAGGCUGAAUUUGGGUUUGAGUCCCCAAAGCUGCAGGUUCAGGCUAUCGAUUCUCCGAUCCUGUAACCCCACAUGCCUUUAAACGCUGAUCACCUCAAGAGCCCUAAACUCCUCUCAUCACUCCACUAUCUGUCCAUCACUUUACCUCCAUUUGGACAGUUUUUUUUUUUUUUUCUUCAGGGGGCGACAUCAGGGUGGGGGGUUCGGGGCGAAAGUGCUGUGGUGAUCAUGGGAGUGUGGAAAACCACCCCCUGUGUGAAGCAAUCAUCACCGCCUCUCUAUCAUCCUGCCCCCUCCGCCACCUCCAUCCAACCUCUCCCCAACCCCUCACCCCUUCCAUUAUUCCCACCCCACUAGUCAGAGAAUUAGGGUGACACUUCAUGGGUCCUUCCUCGUCUCUCUACCUCUCUGCCUCUCCCUCCUUCUACCUUCCCUCCUUCUAUUUCUCACCCAUUACUCCCAGUUCACUGGUUGGUAUAUGGAGGGUGACACCGGGCCAAUUCAAUCUCUCGUCCCCGUCAGCCACUGCAGCCUCCCCUCCAGUGGGGUGUCACUCUGUUUUCCACACUUCACACCCCCCCCUUCCCUUCUUUUGCUACACACAGUUUUCUAUUUCCCCGUCUGUCACUCCUGUUUUCCAUUUACUCAUCCUUUUUCAGCUUACCUUUGACUUUUAAAGUCCUGUGUGUCUCAGAGUAGGUGUUUUUAGGAUGGCCUUGUUGUGCUGAGGUGGUGAUAUAUUUUAUGUGCCGCUGUAGCAGUUCAAAAAGUUUUUGUCGGGAAAAGUUGGCAGAAGAAGCUUUGUGUUGUAAAGAUAAGAAAAGCUGAUGGGCGUCUUGAAAAAAAUUCGGAGCAUACAUGCUUUUGAUUUGACUGCCUUUGAUUUGUGACACUGAACAGAUUGAAAAGACUUCAGCAGAGCACUGUGGUCUUUAAGAUUUUCUGUAGUUUGUUCUAAAGAAAAAAGCUCAGAGGUUCAAAUCAUCCUUACCAGAUUUUACCUUACUUGAAUCAUUUUGUCAGUCGAUACUUUCAGGCAUAACUUCAGAAAACAGCUCAUUCAAACAGAAAAGCUUUUCUGACCUGCUUUUUGAUCCAUGGAUUCUUUUAUUACUCAAAAAAUCUAAAUUUGGCAGCAUUAACAUCACUUUGAAUAAUAACAGGCUGAAUGUGAGCCAAACACAAUGAGAGGCACAGGUCUCAGGAGCCAGUCUUACUCAAUUAAUGACGAAAACCUAUCAGCUACGCUUUAUGAGUACUUGGAAAGUUUAGACAAUGUGUUAUAUUAACAGCUGUAGUACAUUUUUGUUCUUGUUUAAUCUUUGAUUACCAUUACUAUUACUAUUACUUUUCUUCGUCUUCUAUUUCUUCUUUUUCUUCUUCUUUAUUAUUAUUAUUAUUAUUCUUGUUUUAUACAUUUUGUUUUAUACAUUUUGUUUUAUACAUUUUGUUUUUUAACAUACUAUACUAUAAUAUUUUUUAUCAAGUGAUACUUUGAUUUUCUCUAUAAACUAUACUAUGAAAUUUUUAUCAUACAAUACAAUGAAAUUUGUAACAAACUAUACUAUGACUUUUUUUAAACAUACUAUACUAUAUAUUUUUUUUCAUACUUUAAUAUAUUUUAAUCAUACUAUACUAUGACAUUUUUUAACAGACUAAACUAUGAUAGUUUUAACAUACUAUACGAUGACAUUUUUUAACAUCAUAUACUAUGACAUUUUUAUCAUACUUUACUAUGACAUUUUUGUAAGUCUUUGCGGUGAUUUUUCCUCAUUAGAUAGGAUAGACUGGAAACAUAGGGAGAUAUAGAGAUGUUAUGCAGAACAUGGUUGGGACUGGAUUCAAACCCAUGACCACUGUGAGGACUGUGGUCCCAAUGCAUGCGCAGUAACCCAUUUACCCAUUUUUUUAUCAUACUAUACUAUGAUAUUUUUAAUGUAUUAAUGUAUUAUUUGUAUGUAUUAAUGUAUACAUUUUUUAUCAUACUUUGAUAACAUUUUUAAAGGUUUUUUCCUUGAUAGCAAACAUUGGCAACACGGGGAAAUAAAGAGAGAUAGGGGAGGCUAUGAAGAACAUGGUUAUUAUUGGAUUCAAAACCGUGACCGCUGCUUGGACAGUGGUCCCCCUGCAUGCACACUGACCUGCUCAGCCAUCUGUAAGGCCAACAUACAAUGACAUUUUUUAACAGACUAAACUAUGAUAUUUUAAUCAUACUAUACUAUAAUUUUUUUUCUAACAUACUAUACUAUGACAUUUUUUAGAUACAAUACUAUAUCUUUAAUCAUACUAUACUAUGACAUUUUUAUCGUACUUUAAUAUAAAAUUUUUGUUAUCAUACUAUAUUGUGACAUUUUUAACAUACUAUACUAUAACAUUUUUUUAACGUACUAUACUAUGAUGUUUUUAAUAUACUAUAGUCAAACAUUUUUUAUAAGACUAUACUAUGACAUUUUUUAAUCACAACAUUUACUGAUAAUCUUAACAUAUUAUACUAUAAUAUAUUUUUUAAUAUACUAUACUGUGACAUUUUUUUGUCUACACUAUGGCAUUUUUUAACAUACUACAAUUUGACCUUUUUAAAAUACUAUACUAUGACAUUUUUUUUAUCAUACUAUACUAUGACAUUUUCAUCAUACUGUCCUAUGACAGUUUUUAACAAAUUAUCCCAAGGCCUUUUUUUCAUACUAUACCUUGACAUGCUUUCAUCAUACUUUACUAUGACAUUUUUAUCAUACUAUACUAUGAUAUUUUUGUCAUACUAUACGGUGACAAUAUUUAACAUACUAUAUUAUGAAAUUUUUUAAAUACUCUACUUUGACCUUUUUAACAUACUAUACUACGACCUUUUUUAUAUUAUACUAUGAUUUUUUUAUCAUACUAUACUACAACAUUUUUCAUCAUUCUAAAUGAUGUAAUUUUUAACAUACUAUUGUAUUGUUUUUUUAUUACAUAAAACUAUAAAAGAUUUUAACAUUUUAUUCUAAGACAUUUUUUUCAACAUACUAUACUAUGACAUUUUUAACACACAAUACUAUGACAUUUUUCAUCAUUCUAAAUGAUGUAAUUUUUCAACAUACUAUAUUAUCGUAUUCUUAAUAGAUAAAACUAAAAGUUUUUUUUUUAACAUUUUAUACUAUGACUUUUUUUUGAACAUUUUAUACUAUUACAUUUUUAAACAUACUAUACUAUGACAUAUUUUGUCAUACUAUACUAUGACAUUUUUCAUCAUAACAUACUAAAGUAAUUUUUUGAUAUACUAUACUGUGACAUUUAUCAAGCAUUUUAUAUGUGAAAUGUUUGAUCAAACUAUACUAUGACAUUUUGAUUGUGCAUUACUAUGACAUUUUUUAUACCAUUCUUUGACAUUUUAUAACAUACUUCACUAUGACAGAUUUUAUCAUAUCAUACUGUGACGUUUUUUGAUCAUACUUUUCUAUGACAUUUCUGUCGUACUUUACUAUGACAAUUUUUUAUACUAUUCUUUAACAUUUUUAACAUUGUAUACUAUGACAUUUUUUAACAUACUUUUCAUACUAUACAAUGAUAUAUUUUUAUCAUACUAUACUACGUGAUUUUUGUCAUACUAUAAUAUGACACUUUUCAUCAGGUUAAUUUUUGCUCUUAAGAUAGGCUUCUUUAUUUAUUUUUUUGAAUCCUUUUGUAUGUGGCUUCUGGCGCUCUUGGAGCCAGCUUCCACAUUGGCUUCAGGUUCCUGCUUGGAUCCGGUCUUCAUUUGCGGGUUGUUUUUGUUGAUCUGUGGGCUCUGUUCUGUUUGCUGUAAUUGUUCAGCUGAGUUUGAGUUGGUUCUGUCUGCGGGUAGAGAAGAUGCUUUGUAAGCUAAAAUGCAUUAAUGUUUUGAGAAGGUUUCAGCUAAAUCAGAUGCCCUGUGUGUGCUUGGCUACUGUCCUUACUCUUUAAUAGAAAAUGUGUCUGUUGGGUGCUAAUUUAUCCAUUAUAUAGAGAUUUACUCUUUCAACUACUCCUAUUCAGAAUCAGGCUAUUCAGUGUCAUCCCUAAGAGCACGACUUCCUCUGUGCAAAAUUUAUUCCAAACCUUGGUGUCUUUAUCUUCCCCAGUGGCACUGUAGAAAAUCAGGCCAUAGACUCAGAAUUAAUUGGAUAAAACCAUAAUUUAAAUCAUUUGGAUACUUAAGUCUAAAAUGAUUUUGGCUAUUAUGUAUCAUAAAAUCAGGGAUUUUCUUUUCAUGUAGGAGCUCUUGUCCUGGUCCUAUACACGCUGUGCAGUAUUUAGUCUUGUGUGUCCUGACAUGCAUACAGUCAACAGCUGUGAGAAUAAUUAGACAUCUCAGAGUACAAAAGUAGAAUUUCUUUGUCAUUGACUCCUUUUUCUCGCUCUGUCUUGAAGCAGACAGUGAAAGACCUGAGAUGGCCUCAGAGUCCCAGAACACCCCAUCUGACUGACACAGCACCUGUCAAAGGAAAGAGCUAUUUGACAGCACAGAGUAGACUCCAUGAGCAAAUGCCUUCAAAAUUCAGAGCUUUUGUCCUUUUUUACAAGCUGCUGGCUGUUGCUGUGAGUUUUAUAAAACUGUGCAGAAACGGUGUGUUGGUCGGGUUAAACAUGGCAGGAGUAUUUGUCUGGAAGUCCUUGUGAAGUCCCUGAUCUCCAAUUAGAGAUCAUGUUUGACUGACACGUCUAGAAGUUUCUACUGUUACGACAGGAGAACACACUCAUUACUUUUUACCAAAUAUUUGGUGACUAUAGCUCCACCCACAGAUAGUCUGUUAAGAGGUCUUUGACAUAUUUAAAUAUUUAUCAAGUGUGCAUCCUAAAGGAGGAUGUUGGUUUCCCUGUGGAGAAGUGGCAUGUCAGAUUUUAUGUCUUUUACGUAGUUAUUUAGAUUCACACCAUCCUAUUUCUGCAGAUUUUGCUCCGUAGAAACUCAACCAAAGGAAUCAGCUGUCAAUCACCCUCAAGUGUGACAGCAGUCGGCAAAAAUACACAAAAAAAAACAUCAUGACAUGAUUGGUUUCAUAAUAAAGUUUAUUCUAUAUUACAAAUAGUAUUUUGUUCUUGACUGCAAAAUAGGAAUGCAUUAUAUUUACAUACACAGGUAUACAAUUAAUUAUAACAAAGUUAGAGAAGCUCGCCUUAUAUCCCCCAGGUUCGUUUUUAUCUCUCAAUAAGAUACUCUUUAUCUUUCAAAUAUGGUCUAGUAAAAGUCUUUUCUAGCUUGUUUCUGUAACACCUGCUAUAACACUGAGCUAGGAGGACAUUUUUAGUUCCUACAAAACGUUUGAAGGUGGAAACUUUAUCUGUGCUCUUGGCAACAAGGUGGCUGCUCGCAGACGGCCUUUGUUGCAGAAGAAGGGACAGGGCAAGGAGAAAAUGAAAGACAGGAUGUUACACCGGGGGGCAGAUUCACAAUGACAGUCCGGGACUCGCACCCUGUGUUUAUAAACACACGGCUGUGAGGGGGAAACUUUGGGUAUCUAGACAGAGUUCACAUCGGCUACAAUAAUGGAAAAAGGUUCUUUGAAACUGUCUAGAGGUGCUUCACAAGUUUUUGUCUUACAAUUUUAAUACCAGUCGUUCCAGUUGCUCAGUCAAUCCUUGUUCCCCUCAAAUUCCAAUAAGAAGUUUGAUAUGUUGAACACAAAACAUGUCCAGCAAACACCUUGUGAAUAUACCCCUCCAAGUAGAAACAACAGACAUUCAUAAAGCUGCAGACGGGAAUUAAAGGACAAGAACUUGGAUAUUUCACAUACUAAGGCUAAGAAAAAAAACAGUCACUUGCCGAACUCAGUCUUGAACUUAAGUCUACUAUCAAGCCUAAUGCGCCUCUCUGGUUAGAUGGCGAUGAUCUCGACUAUAGAAAGAUGUGUUUACACUGUUCCUGUAAAAAGGGAAAAGCUCAUAUGAUACACGAUGCAGACUGAUGCAGUCUCCUGAUGCUUAACUGAGAUGAACCUUUGCGUCAUGGAUUGUGGCCUUUGUUAGCUGUUUGAAAGCUGAAUUGGAGCUCAGCUGGUGGUACGAUAGACGUAGAAAACAAACUACUGAAAUGUAAUGACAACGAAAUCAAACUCUCCAAAAGAAGAUGUAAUAGCAGCAAAGACAGAGCAAGACUUGACUUGCAUCUUCAAUGUACCAAAAGUAAACCUACAGAGGAGACACAGCUGUCACUAAAAAAUAAAGGGCUUGUAUUAGAGGACACAUCACCUUGAUAUGGAUUUGAUAAAAAGGGUUCAUGUUCUCUUCUUGUGAGAUCUAUCAUCUGAGAUGAACAGUGGGCUUGUAAAUUGUAACUUGAAAGUCCUAGUAGUAGUAGAAGUAUAUAAAUAUCUUUGAGCAAGGCAGUUCCAUUUCAUACCAUCCAAGUAGGUCAACAUGCAAGGGUAUAUAAUAUCUGUUUUCUUAAGUAUCUAACACGACAAAAACCAUGAACAUGAGGUUCUGCGGGGGCUUGAACUGAUAAAGGUUCCACCUUAAACGGAAGUCAUAGUUUUUAUUACAUGAACAAUCCACUUUUUCCAUCUCGAUUCUUCCAAGCAAAAGAAAGAUAAAAGAACACAUCCACAUCAUCAUUGCAAGGCUUAAUUUUCUUAUUUUUCACUUUUUUUAAAUAAGUUUCUUAAAUUGUUUACGUUUUACAUGCGCUUAAAAAGCCAAUAAAGGACCCAAGGUGGACCUAGGGCGGUCUUCACACAUUCACAUCACCACAUGGGGCACGUUGUCAAGGCAAAAGAAAGGGCAGAGGUCAAAAGGUACGGAGGGCGCCUCCAUCAUCUCUUUCAAUCGCUCGCUUCUACUGUUAAAGUCUAUCCUUUACUGUCUAUCCUGCCAUGAUGCUCACUUCUUGACCAGAAUUUUUUUUUCUUCUUUUUAAAAUUUUUUUUGAGGCUUGGAGAAGGCCGCCCCCUGCCGCCACUGAGGACAACUACACUAAUACAGACAAGAGCGCCUCAACAGUUACACACUCAAGAGUUGGGGUUUUGCCGUAUGCAACUAGCUACCAUCUCCAACGCUUGUGCAAAACAGAAAGAAAACUGGCAAGUCAGGAGCCAGACACAAAGGUGAACGGUGUGCCGAGAGCCGGAGAGACCCGCGACGAUGGAAAGAGAAAGAGGAUGGGAUCACGUCGCCCACAGAGCCUCUCACCUCGACACACUGAGGUCAGAAAAAUCACACAGGUUUCUUAAAGUUCCAGUCACAAUAUUUUUUUUGUCCUAGAAGUGGUUGUCUUUUACAUAGUCCCUUUUUUCUACGUUCCUCAGUGGCACUUUACAAAUACAUUUUUGACCAUUUUGAAAAUUUCAAGCUCCUUUGGUUUUUGGCUGACCUUAGUCCAUCUUGUUUGAUUUCUCCACACAAAAAGUCUUUAAGAACAUCCUGGGAAAGAAGUGCUACUCUCACGACAGACCCCUUUAGGGAGCAGUCAGCCGUCUCUGGCUGUGCUGUGUUGAAUCAUUCGUCUUUUUACCGAUCAGACAGUUCCUACCCAGUACAUUUCAGUCAGCUCUUCCGUUGCUGGAGAUUUCUGGGCAGUCAGGAUCUUAGGCAGCUGCUGAUCAUGUGUGUAUCUGUGCGGAUGUGUGUGUGCUUUGAUAGACCGUCGCAGUGGCGGCACAAGAUUGGAAGAGGCGAGAGCCGGGCGGAGACCGCUCGUGGUGUUUGGACGAGCAGUCGGGAAACUGUCUUCCAAAGUCGGUUGUGUGCUUCUUACAGAGGAUCCACUUUGGGUCGAGGCCCUCCUGGGUUUUUGUCUGAUAGGUUAAUUUUGCUAUAGCCACAUAA